CUCCUUCUCUCUCUCUCUCUCCUUCACUGUCCCCUCCCUCAGUUCUUCCUCUCCAUCCUCUUGCUGUUUCGCUGUCUUACUCUCUGUUUCUCCUCUCCCCCUCUUCUUUCCACACUGUGAACCUCCCUCCCCCCUCUCUUUUUAUUUUAAUCCCCGCCACCUCUGCUUUCCAUCUUCAUCCUCCCCAUCUUUCAUCUAUUUUCAUAUUCACCCCAUCUUUUCUCCUCCUUUUUCCGCUGUUUCCCUCUCGCUUCGGCACAACACAAAGAAAAAAAAAAAAAGGAUAUACCCUCAUUCUCCCUCUCAUACUUAUAUUCCAAGACCACCCUCUCUCUCAUCCUCUCCUCUCUCUUUCUUUGCUCACUCUCUCUAUUUCCCUGUGGCCCUCCCCCUCCCUUUUCAUGUUUCCCCCUCCCUCCAUCCUCUCUUUCCCUCGCUGGUUCAGUUAGUCAAAGACCAGAUUCACGGAAGGAGAGGAAAAGGGGGGAAAGGCAGGACGAGAGUGAGAGCGCAGGAGUGGGGCAGGCUGGGGAGAGGGGUGUGGGGUCUCAGCCCUCUGUCGUGGGGGGUUGGGGGGGUUGAGAUACACCCCAAUAUUUUGUUCGAAGUACCAUGGACUGCCUCUGCAUUGUGACUACAAAGGUAAGCCUAUCUGUUGUUCCUUACUUUCGCCUGUGUGUGUGUGAGAGAGAGAGACCGAGAGACCACCGCUGUAUCCGAGAAAAAGCUAGUGCUCAUCUUUGUCAUCAAAAAUGUGUGCUAGUUCUUCGUCCACUCGACUCUAUUGUUGUGAUAUUUUUUUGUGUUCAUGUCAGAGAACUCUCGGGCAACAACGGGGGCUACCUGAGUGGUGCUCGAGUGUGGACAGAAUCCUCUUUGAUACCCCCCUCUCUCUGGAUGACCCCUUCUCCCACUCUCUCUCUCUCUCUCUCUCUGCAUCUUCUACUCUGUGUCAUGCCUUGUGAGCGGAUAAACAGCCGGCCGGUUGACCUGCAUGGAUGUAGUAAAAUGCAGGGAGAGAACCUGCGCUCGGGGUUGCUUGUGUGUGCGGCUCUUUGAGUCAUGCUGGGGCUGCAGAAUAUGUCAGGGGGGAGAGAGAGCACAGGAGGGCAUCUCAUCCUGCAUGUUAAUAUACCUUCAUUUUCCCAGCUGCUCAGUCUUAACCACCACGUUUCACACUGCCCACUGUGCGUUCGAAACGCGUCUGCCUCUCACACACAGGAUGUGAGCAAUGUGUUAUAUCAUACACACAUGUGCUCAGCGUCACCGCACAGCCCACCGCUCAGGCUCCAUGGAGGCAGAGCUGGUGAGGGGAAAGUGGCAGAUAAUGUGAAAAAUAAAAACGCUUUAAUGCAGCGUGACGCUCUGGGGGGGGGUCAGAACCCGUCCAUUCAAGUCGGCUUCGACCCUCUAAAUCCCGGUGGACAUUCAAAAAAAAUCCACACAUGGACUCAAACAGGUGAACAAUAGAUUGUAGCCGCUGCACCUGAUUGCAGUUUCAGGCAGGAAGUGAUGACAAAAAAAAGUGGGAAACACACACACGUACGCACAAAGUCACACAGCUACUCGUACAGCUGUGGGAAGGUGGGGAUCAUUUGAAAAUUUAACUCGCGCUGAGAGUGUGAGUAGAGCAGAAGCGAGUGCAGCUGGCCGUUUCAGACGUAUUACAUAAAUUUGCGCUUAACUGUGGCACAUUACAUUCAUUUGCUUAUCAACCUCUCAGUUUCCUUGGCAACACAGAUUAUUGGUCAGUUAAACAUAGAUGCAGUCAGAUGAGCAGGGACACUAGAUGUAACACUGAGGGGGUGACUUAAAGAACAUUUCACAUUAAAAGGAGCAACUAUAUGAUUUCAAAGCCUCCUCUAGCGAGUGAACUCAUAAGCUCCAUGUCUGCUCCGAUUACAGGCCUUGUUUUGAGAUCUAACACAAUGCAGCAUGACAAAGUCAUUGUGCGAAAAAACAAAAACGAUGAAAAUGUCAGGGUAUUUCUCUGUGCGCUCCAAACAUCAGUCCCUGAUGCGUCUUCUUUGCCUUGAGUGAGUCACUGUGUUAGCAAGGACAAGUGAAACACUAUAUAUGUGAAAAACGCCGACCGCUUCAUCAAAGUUGCUUCUCAAUCCUGCGCAGAAAGUGAGCAACCGGUAAAAAAGUAGACAAGAGAGAGAUGGUUAGUUUAUCAAAGGAGGAAGUUAAAGCACACAAAGUAUUUAGGAAUCAGAAUUUUGAUCAACCAAUGAAACGGCUGGUUGCAUUUUCAACGCUGCAACCACAAGUGUGUUUAAACGCACUCAGCUCAACCUUUGGUCUCCGCCAGCAUGAAGAGAUUAAACACAACAUUCACCAGUGUGAAUGUGUCUUUCCAUGAUGAAAUUUUAACUUGAUGGUGAGUGGGUGGGUGAGUGGGUGGGGGAUUGACCAAAAAAAACCUUGGUGUGUUCCUUUAAAAGUCUGAUUAAAGUUUAAUGGAGGCUGGCUGCAUUGCAGGUGGGGAGUGUGGCUUGCCAUCAUGUAGCAGAUGAUGGGUGAGCAGCUCCCUGGGUGAGCUGUUCCCUGACACCCACAUACUGUAGAAUAGGUUAUGUGAACAAUGUUGCUUCCCCGUUCAAGUCUGCGCGCUAAGUUUUUACUGUGUGGGUGAAGCCACAGUAAGGGCCAGUUAGUGACAAAUAUCUGCUCGCACUGCAUUCAGCGAGAGGAGCACAACUUGCGCGCAACUCGACUCAAUGCUGCUUUUAUUUUGAAGGAAAGCAGCCCGAACAAUAGCAUACCGUACAAUACAGGCUUCCACAGGCAGCUUUUUAUUGUUGAGCGGCAUCCCCGGUGAGAGCACCGUUUCCAGUAUUUGUGAGAAAUUAACCUAAACCUUGACUUUACAGUGAGAUGUGAUAAGCGGCGCUUUUAGAUAGAAAUAAAGUGUAAAAAAAGUGCAGUCAUGAGAGGAAAAUGAAGGGCACUUUCAAUUAAAAAUGGAAUUAUUAAUAUUUUAAUGGGAGCUUACCUUGUCCUUGAGGAUUUUGGCGGAUUUAGACAAGUGUUUUCUUUAAUGCUGGUAACAUUUUGACAUCUGACUAACUCUAAGUGUUUGGGUGCACAAAAUCAGACGCUAAAAAGCUCUCUAGAAACAAAAAGCUUAAACAUGUGGGAAUAAUGUUUCUUUACACGUGUUUCAAUGGCAACAAUUCCUAAAAGUCACUUCUGAAAUGCUGCACUGUUGAGUAGAUCUGUCUGAUAAUCUGAUUUAUUUGACAACACUUGAAGUUCACUCAAAAAAUGUCAUUCCUACCAGGUAAUAAAUUGAUUAUUCUUCCUCCCGAGUGUUGAAUUCAACAGCUUAUGUAAUUCUCUGCUCCUUCCUACACAAGAAUCCAGGGAGAAAAAAAACUGCAACAUAUGAUCGAAACGCAUCAUACAGAAGUGCCAUUACAUAACACUCUGGAACUGGAAUAUUAGGGCAUAUCAGCUCCCAGAGACGUCACAAGAUUUAUAUUUGGUUGCAAGCCUGACAAUACCUUUGACUCUCCCUCCCUGUAUGGCACUGAGUCAGAGGAGGAUGGUUUGAUGUUUGAGAGGCGAGAACAGAGAUGGUGCACACAGUAAAAAGGAUUUAAGCCAUAAAAGCAGCCUACUUACAAUGAGGCUGUCUGAUAGAAAAUGAUUGCAACACAGAAUCAUUUAUGUACCCCCUGUGUUAAAAAGAAACAUGGCAUAUUUCUGCCUCUUCUUUCUGCUUUUCUUGUCUGACACUCCUUUGAUUAUCACUCUUUUGCCUGUUGUCACUCUUGUUCCACUCCUCUGCUCCCACAUUUCCAAUUCCACAUAUUUUUCGUCCCCUCUCUACCUCCUUCACCUCUCUAAUCCCUCUCCCUCCCCCUUUUAUCUCAUUCUACCUUCUGCUUACUCCUCCUCUUCCCUGCACUCUACUCUCGACUAGCUUACCUCCUGCCCUCCUCUUCAGCACUUUCGAGGCUUCCCUAGUUAGUGCUUCUUCCUAUAAAUUAUACAUUUGACAAGAUGUAGCCAAAGUCAGCAGCUCUGCGCGCACAUUAUUGGCUUCAUGUAUGGCUUCAUGCUCCUACAUGAACAUCUCCUGGCCUGGAAUGGGUUUUAGCACUCGCUGUUGUAGUUAUUUUUUGCUGCCAGCUGUGUCUUACGGUUCGAUAUAUAUGAAUAUGUAUGCGCGUGUUUGAUUUUGUAUGUGUUUAUGUGAGGAUGAGGAGCUUAUGGCUGCUGCCUCUCAAGUCCUAAGAGUCUCCAAAAUGGAGUUCAGCUCAACCUCCUCGCUCACAAAUCAAACAGGGCUCCCUCAGCUUGUCUACAAUUACACCCUUCAUAUCGAGUAUCUGUUCACCACAUAGUGUGAUACGUCCACAUGUGUGUGUGUGACGAGCAGUACAGUGUGCUGUGUGUUAGGAUUAGUGAUCCAGUGGAGGGCUAAUAUGAUCUUCGCUCAAGGGCACGAGCUUCCAUGAGGCCUUUGUAUGCAUCCACAGACACUGAUCCUGCCAAGUCGCUCCCAGGGCACAGUGAGCACAGAGGCAGAGGCAGGGCUUGCCCCGGAGCGAGUCUGAUGCCAUGACUGCACAGCAAUGAGGCUUCUUAUUGUCCAAUCAGAAACCCAGCAGAGUGGAGGAGAUAGCAGAGGUGUAACUUAACACUGAAAGAUGUUUGCCCCCACCAAAUGACUGCUUGAUCUUGCACUCAUGAAGAAAUAUUUCGACUGUAUGUGAUCAGCGACCGUUUCUGUUCGGUCCUUAAGCGCACAUUGCACCACUCACCCACACAUCCAACCGCUUUCCUGAAAGAAAGCCACACACCUACAUGAUCAGACAGACCUCGCACAAAAACUGCAGCGAAUCCUGCUUUAGUACCAAGUGGCUCCUGGGCUGUGUGAAUAUCAGAACUGCAGUCUUGCUCAAGUGUGAGUUCAGGUCUUAGGAAAACUUGUCAGGAUUAAUUAAGCAGGGAGGAGGUGGAGGUUCGCUGUAUGGUGCUAAUUUUACUGCAGGUGCUAAAUUCAAACAGCUGCAAUUGUGAAAAGUGUUAUGGUGCUGGAAUUAAACAUUGGCUAAUUUGCAACUUGUAUUGGAGUGAUCUUAUCUCAGGGCAUCCAAUCUCUGCAUAUCAGCUUUUCUCCAGCAUAUUUGCCUGUGAUUCAUGUAAUCUCACCAGUUCCUCUUUAUCAUAGCAUGUUGCAAUGCUAACCUCUAGUUUUCCACCCCCACCAGAAGCCUCAGCCAGCGAGGAGGCUCUGAAGAGCUUCUCUUUGUCAAAAGCACACAACACAAUCUGUGCUCCACUCUUUUUUUUCUUUUCUUUUUUUCGCUAUCUUUUGCUUCCCUCGGCUUGAUGGUCUCAUCCACACGCAGGCUGAGAGAUGCUUUAGAAUAUCUCUUUAUGCUUACCUUGAAUGAUGAGAUACGAAAGGUGGUCAUUUCUAUAUGUGAGGCCACAUAUUGGUCACGCACAGUCAAAUGUCUUUAUGUAUCUUCCUUUAAAUGAAAUCAAAAGGCUAUAUUUACUUCUUUGAGACUGGAUGACUCCAGUGUGCAAGUCAGUGGGCUUUUAAAGAGAAGGGUUUUGAACCCUCAUCCGUGCUGGCGCUGUCCGUUCUUUUUUCUAGGUUUGCAAUGACAGAGGGUUUUUAUAAAUGAACACUGUCAUGACCAAAGAGCCUAAAGCUUCUUCAUCACACAGAUGAGUGAAGUUAUGAAAUCCCUUGUUUCAGUCCAACUGGUUUAAAAAAACUACAACUACUACUACUACUUGCUCUCCGCCCUUCAUACUUGCUCUGCUGUUUAAUUUCAGUGUUUCGGCUGUCAGCAUCACUGUCUGUUCUGAAAUUGUCCAUAUGACAGGUGACAGAUCAGAUCCAUCAUGGGUUGUUUUGGCUGCAGACUUUGUCGUCUCACAUUGAGCGAGAAGGCUAAUGGCUAAACAUGAGCCCGCUGUGGUGGACCCUGAGGACGACUGUGGCUGUCAGCUGCUACAACGCUGCUCUAACAUUGCAGUGAGCACAUCGAACACAUUGAAUUCUGCUGAUGAUGUGUAGAUAAGGCUGAGAAACAGCUAAAUCAAUGGCAAUGAUGACGCACUGUGUAUUUAAAGAUAUGGGAGGAUUGAACAGAAAAGCUCCCAUGAGCCUCAUUAGGAAAGCGCUGGGUCAAGGAAGGUCAACAUCUCAGCGGGGCCUCAGUAAUAAAACUGUAUGCUCCCACUACAGCCAGUUUAGUAAUAAAAGUGUGCUAACAAGCAUCUGUUAUGUAAUUAGAGUGUGUCUAAUGGUUGUGUGUGUGAAAGAGGGACAGACUGGCAGGAAGCUAGAGGAAAAAACAACAGAAAAACAAGAAUGACAUGCCUGGUAGUGCUGAUAUCAUGGAUAUGAAUAGCACAUGCAUUAGCCUUGCAAAUGACAUCAGGUUUUUUUUAACAGUGCCGUGACCGUACCUUUCAGUACAGCACACAAUGACACCUUGUGGCACUUUGGUAAACUACAGCACAGGAGCCCAGGACUGUCUGGCUCAGGGAUGUUGACAUAUUUGAGCUGCUCGGGUCCAUUCAAGCUGUUCGAUGCGGCGUUAUGCAACAACAGCAUGAGGUUUGGGGAUCAUAUAGGGUCGGUUUUCACUGAAACGAAAACUUAGUAUUUUCCUCAGCAUUAAUUGUAAAUUGCAGGAUACUGAGUCAGUUUGUCAGACCUUAGAGAUCAAAUUUGGGCCAUAAAUUGAACUUUUUGUUUGGGGGGCUGAACAGUCUUCAACUCUCCUCCAGACAUUUUUGAAAAGUAUGCUUUCUAACUUUCAUGAUCCACUUUGCUGCCUGCAUGUGGGGUAAUAGCACUAAAAAAAGAAAUUAAAAGACGGUGACGUCUGAGAGUUCGGACACGCACACAGACACUGUCACUCGCCACAAUAUGCACAAGUGCACAUAUUUUCUGUGAUUUGUUUGUCUCUGGCUUUUGUAUCUUCAUGUUCCUCUUAUAGGUGAUGUCAGUUGCCUAGCAACCAAGCAAUCAGGGCCCGAUUGUUGCCAUGACAACAUGGCAGGGGUAUCAUCAUGGAGAGAAUAGAGAUGAAAGGAGGAAGGAAGGGAGAGAGAGGAGCAAAGAGAGAGAUAGGGAGUGAGAGGGGGAGAGAGAGGGAUAGAGGGGAUGAGAGGAAGAGAGAGGGAUAGAGGGGGUGAGGGAGUGAGAGGGCAACCAAGAGAGGGAGAGAGUGAGUUAGAGGGAAAAUGAGAGAGGGUGAGAGAGAAAGAAAAAGAGAGUGAGUGAGUGAGUUAGUGAGAGAGAGAGAGAAAGAGAGAAAGAGAGAGAGAGAGAGAGCCCUGCCAUUGAAGGGUGCUGAUAAUGUGGAGCCCACAGUGUGCAGGUAGGAGGAUGACCUCUGUGUAGGCGGUGGCAGAGAAUGCUCAUGAAUGCAGAGAAUAGAAAAUUAAUGUUGGGUCUUAUGCGGCUGAAUCCGCGGGUUCCAUGCCGUUUGACACUGUUUUGAACAUUCCAUCCAUUCCAGAUGGAAAUGUCACGACGUGCUCCAGUUGUCUUUAGUCACAGACAGUGAGGCUGAUGCAGAAGCCACAGCUCACUGUGUCGCCAAGGUCCAGAGGGCUUUGGGCCUAACCUCCGCAGGUGUCAUAACCCAUCCAUCACCCGACAGCAGUCCACUGUAAAAACAGCCCUAUGGGGUCACAGUGCAUUUACUCUGUUUAUUCCCUCGCUCAGCUCCCGCUUAAUACAGCCAUGAAGGAGAGACACAGAGCCUGAGACGGUGACCAGAGAGACAAAUACACCCGUUAUUGUGCAGAUGAAGCUACUGUAUGGAUCAGAGUGUGAGCAGAGUUAUAUUUAGAGUCGAAAUACUUGAUUAUAUUAGUGCUGUGACAAAUGAAGGACAAAACUAAUGACAAAUGACAUUAUUGUUGAGAUUGAUUAUGUGUUUCUAAGCUAACAAGACAGCCCACUUACAAGAGCAGUCUGUGUACCUUCAAGAAAUAGUACUUGACUAUGAUGUGAAAUACAUGUAGAUCCAGACAUAACAGAUUACAAUCAAGUUAGUGUUGCCUACAGGCUACGAUCAGUAAUUUAAACAUCUUUGAAUGGGUAAAACAAAAGUUAUGCUUUUGUGGAAAAAUGUAUCCGUCCAAAAAGAGAUGCCAAUUCAUUCUUUUUGCAAACACCUGACAGUAACCAGCUGCCACCGUAUUCAUUUGAUCACUUCUACAUUUUACACUUAAGUUUGGCAUGAAUUUUUCAUGGCCAAAUCGGAUUUCACAGUCCACUCAGGAACUACUUCAUUUUGCCACAGGGUCACACAGCCACAAAGCAGUGUUUAAAUUCAUCUCCUUUUGCAAAAGACUUGCAGUAAAAUAUCUCAUAAAUGUCUAGUCUGGAAUCAUUGCCCUUACUGUAGACAGAAAUUUCUGAUGAGGAAACACAAAUUUGGUUUAUUGCCAUAGGCUUGUGAGAAGUAUUUGCUUCAUACUGGAUUUCUUUCAUUUUAAUGACUGUCUCGUAAAAACUGAACAACUUAGUCCAAAUAAACCAAGAAGAUUAGCUUUAGGAUAUAAAAACCUUUAGUAACACUUGUUGCUUUGUUCAAUGCAGUGAUUUAGCGGUGUUAGACUGAUAUGAGUGGGGAGCAUGGCAAAGUGUCACAGGUGACGUUAGUUUAUUAUUCGCACUGAAGGCAGUCAAAGAGGUCUGAUUUAAACAGCAUAGCAGAAAAAAAAGAUCCUUUAGAAUAAAAAGAGACCAAUGUAUUCAGCCAUCAGAAUAAAGAAAAACCAUUGGUCAUUUUCUGAAAGUGUGUUUUAUGUUAAUAAAAUAGCUCAAUGACACAAAAUGCUGGUUAACAACUCUAAUGUGGAACCACUCACAGACAAGUGCGUUUUUACAGAUGUCGAAUAGAUCAGGUUCAGACUCUAUUCAAGGACUUUUUACUUGUUUCCAAACUGUACCGCUUUAUAUAGAAUCGUGGCUUUGUUCCCUGAGAGGCAAAAUGAUGGGUUUAUUUUUUAACAACUCCUGGAUUCAGACAUGGAAAUGCAGAUGCGAUCACUCAAGGCAAUUUAUAGAUCAGUGUUCAGUUAUGUAUAAAAACCGGGCUCAUCUUUCCCUGUGUACAACACUUAAGGAUUGCUGUUUGGAAUUUCAUGCUUUUCCUGAUUGGUUGAGAGGACACAGGGUUGGGUCAGAAACCGGGAUGAGAUAGUGGGUAUGAUCAUGCAACACAAGGGUGUAAAGGUUCAUGUUUUUGUACUGAGCCAUUUAAGGAUUUCUGUUAUAGUGCACCUGCAUACCAAACUAAAUGCAUUUGGAUUGAAAAGUAGAAAAAAAUCUAAGUUCCCGCACACUGCCGCACUAUGGGAGCAGACCACACAUCGAACAUGCUAUUCCUGUUAAGGCAGCCAGCACAACACAUGACAAGCAAGAACUAGAAGAUCCCCACUGACGUUAAGGUCUCGUGUGGGAACUCUACAACUAUCCUGUGAAAUAUAACCAUGUACAAAGACAUACGGAUAAGACCAAAGUUUAUCGACAUUGUUCAUACAUUGCUAGCAAUACGUCCAACUUUUUGUACAUCUUUGGAGCGGGGUCACGCAGGCGUUAUUAUUACUGCAACCAGGAAAAAAGACACUGUUGUUCAGACUGUUGUGAAACACCCUUUGUCUAGUAAUUCUGAGCCAGUUAAAGCAAUAAAAGCUAGCGACAAAUCUACGACUGCAUUUAGUUGUUGGGAACUGUAAGACUCUGUUCUUUAGCUGACUGCUCAAAGACAACCAGAGAAAUCUUCAGUUCUCAGAUAUAACAUAUAUUUAGGUCACAUGUAAAGUAGUACAGCGCUGGACUUGCAGUGACAGAGCACCUAGGACCUCCAUCACAAGAAGUGCCCAUUUCCGAGUGUUAUUCACAUUUAUCUUCUUGUGCAGGGAUUCCCCUAGACAGAGGUUGGACUUAAUAUGCAACGGAGUAUCAUUGGCCAGUUAUCUCCAAUGUGAACAGGCCAACCACUGUUCACAUGGUCUCACUAAAAUAUGCUAUGAAAUAUGUGUGUUUGUUGUUGACCUUGAGGCGUGUGUCUACUGUAGCGAACCUGUUCGGCAGUACAAAGAGAGCCUUAUGGCUCAUCAGGUUCCUCCUUAUCAAGCUAGACGUCACACUGUUCUGAUAAAUGCAAACAACUGAUAAGUCAAAUGAAAACUCUCAUUAAAUGCAUGAGUCCAGUGAAAAAGUACAAAUCAAACGUAAGCAAAGUGAAACACAAUUUUAACAGAACCUCAGACUUAAACAUUUCAAAAUACAAUCCUACUCAUCCGCAUUUCAUCACUAGAGUCAGAACAACCCAGAACAAAUAAAAGCCACUGUUGAGCAAAACUUGUCCGCGGCAUCUGCUGUAAAUCUGACAACCAACAGUUGGACAUAGUGUUGUGUAUGUUCAGAGGUGAGUAGAGUAGCCAGAAUUUGUGCUCAAGUAAGAGAAAUGUCACUUUAAAAAAAUAUGACUCAAGUAGAAGUAAAAGUAGUCAUCUAAAAAAUUACUUGAGUAAGAGUAUAAAAGUACUUGGUGAAAAAACUACUCAAGUAGUGAAUAACUGCAAUAUCUGAGUUAUUUGUCUUGUGUGCAUGAAUUCAAUCAGACGGACAAAAGCAAGUAAACUUAAUCGAAAUUUUAGAUUUUCAUUUUACCUAGGGUUCCCAACCGUACCGUAAAAAACGGGAUUGUACCGUAUUUGAAAACAAAAAACAUGUCCCGUAAUCAACUCAAACGGGACGCUCCUUUUCCCGUAUUUUCUAACAGCGUCUCUCUGCCUAACACACUGUCACAGGCUCACAUCAGCAGCUUGGCAGCUGAGCUAUAGGACGAGUUACAAAAUACAGCAGACUACCAGCUAUGGGUUGUUAACAAGAGCGCGUUAUGCAUAGCAACUGUAACUGCUUCUCAUUGGUCCCCUCAUGAUUACCGACCAAUGAGCUGCCCCAGUGCUGCCUGAGCCUAUGUUGCUAUGGAUACUUCAUGGUGAUUGGCUCAGUUGCCUAUAAGCAUGUUUCGCCAGCGUGGGUGAAGAAGGAACGAACCACAACAACAACAACAGGUUGACCCUCCCUAAAUCCCUACAUUUUUCGGCCCGGCUUGAAAUAAGGGACACCCAAAUUUUAUAAGGAACACCAAAAAUUUUUCAGAUUAACUGUCCCUUAUUUCAGUCCCUUGGAGUUGGCAACCCUAAUUUUACCUCUGUUGCAUUUUUCCUUGCCUCAGUGACAACAAAAGCAAAAAAUGUCAUAUCUUACCCCACCCUCCCCUAAUACUUUGAACAUCCCACAGGUGCCUGAAGUGCACAUAAUUGUCAGACAAUUCUAAAAUAUCGACAGAAAAUAACCAAACAAAGAAUUAUUUUCAGCACUAGCAUCCUGCAGCGAUAGCAAGCCGAACCUGCCUUAUUCCACAGCCACAAUUAAUGUAGGUAAAACUUACCUCGAGUCGGCCCUGGAGUUCCCGGACGCAGCGACGUUGGUUUGCUUCGGCGGACAGAGAGGACACCGCAUAGUGUAGCUGUUCUCUUGCGACGCGUGUAAGCUAAACAUGCUUCGUAUGUGAGGACACGGGAGUUGUUCCCCCUCCUCCUCCUCCUCCUCAGCAGCAGCAUUCAUACCGUUGUAGCGCAUACCGCGGUAGCCUCCGCCAUUUUCGUGUACUCUCCGAUAAGCGUUCGGACGCGCCACAGAUUCGCGCCCUGCCACUACGAAUUUUUCCUGUCAUGUGACUGAAUGACUACCCCUGAUUGGUGAUAUGGAGUCAUGUGGUAUAAUCUAGCAAAAUUUAAAAAAGAGAAAAAGAGAAGUAACGAGCAGAGAAGUGCAAUGUAGCGGAGUAAGAUUUGCGUUUCAUCUUAACAAAAAUAAUCAAGUAAAAGUAAAAAGUAUUGUGCAUUAAAGUUACUCAUAAAAGUACAAGUUAUCCGGAAAAAAAAUACUCAAGUAAAUGUAACGGAGUAAAUGUAACUUGUUACUACACACCUCUGCGUAUGUUUACCCGGACUGUACCAAAAAGAACCAAACCAGGACUACAAAACCGAGGUAUGUACCAAACCGAGAUUUAUGUUUACCAUUACACUCCAUUACAGACUGUAUAACACAUGGAUGUACUCUCAGUGACACAACCCUUCAGUUUCUGCAGAAUUAGUUGGUGUAUUAAAAACACGGAUUCAGUAAUUUGGUAAAUGGCAAUAUAGUGGAAAUGAGAUGGGCUGUGAUCUCCUAGCAAAAAGCUACAUUGCGUCUUCCUGCCAGUCAACUCAUUAACAAGUUGAAAUAUAACUCUCAGCUUUAAUUCUUUUGAAUAUAGUUAAAAUGGAUGAAUAAUAUUUAUAAUAAAAAGGAUCCCACCCACUGAAUCAGUGUGCAUGAGUAGACGCACCAUUUAGGCCAACUCUUUUGUUUUUUUUAGCAAAUUGUAAACAUGAAAAUUGACCUUUUAGCAUGGGCGCCAAAGGAGCUUCCUUAGCUUUUGAUACUAGCCCCAAACAGACGUUUGUGGAACUGGAGUUCUUUCCACUUCUGCAGUGACUGCUCAAAGGAGCUUCAGUUUAGGGGCGCACAAUUUAACUGUUGAGCAGAACAAGGUUUUGACUGUCAGUUGGAGCAUGUUUGUCAAACGAUACCUUUGUUCAAUCAUUAAUAUGUUGUUUUGCAAAUUCUGUUGUACGUCUGACCACCUACUUGCAUAUUCCUCUGUUGUAGUCGAUAGCAGGAGCGACGUGCUACUCAGCUUGGAUAUCUUGUCUCUACCUUCCAGUGAAAAUGAACUGAAUCUCAAAAAUAGGAGUUCAAGGGAUUGAAGGAAAAGGAUACAUUUUGAAAUUUGAAAGACUGGGUCUUAGUUUGUAUUUGUUAUACUAUAAGGCUUAAGAGACACAGCACACAAGUUAGUGAGCUUGCACAAUUAAUAUAGCAAACACUCUUGAAUUUAUUGACUUCAUUUAGUGGGACUUAUCAUUUGACAGGCUAAUAAAAAAAUGUAUGAUAAUGUAUAUUUUAUUAUAAAUUAAAUUUGUUUUUGAUAGUCCACCAAAUAAGAGCUUCAGUUUUUGAUGGAGGUGGAUGUUUGUGCACAUCCACAGGGUCAUAAUGGAGCAUCCUACAUAAGUCAUCUUGGUAUUUUAUUUUUAUAGUCUCUAAGGCGUGAAUUUGCACCUCAGGAAUGAACAUACAGGCUACAGUUAAAAAAGUAGCUGCAAAGGAAUAAAAACGUAAUUAUGUAAUGAUUGCAUAACAGAGAUUUCUGUGUCAAAAUGUUCCUCAUUUGAAACCAUCAUCACAAUAUUUAGCAUUAACUUGAUGGGCAUAAGGUAUACGUAUAAGACGCUGAUGUCAAGGAGGGAAAAGGCAGAGAAGGAGCAGGGUGGAUGGAGGCGAGCUGGAGUGUUUGUGACAGAAAAAGAUGAAAAAUAAUAUAAGAGGUUUACUCUGUGUCUCUCCGUCUCCUUCUCUCCCCUCCCUCACUCACCAGCAGUGACAAACAUAUUUUAUGAGUCACGGCUGGAGCAGGCUGCCAGUCCUCUCUUAUCCAGACCCUUGCCUUUAACAUCAACAUAUAUCCAACACCAACAACUCUGGCUUCCAGGAAAAACUCCCUCUCCUCGUCUGCUACGACGCCCCCCUUUCCCCUUCCCUCUCUCCCCCUCCUCCCUCUUUUUUUAUAUCCCCUCACCCUUCCCCAGCCUCCCAUCUCUCUCUCUCUCUCCCCAUCCCUCCUCUCUUCUACUGCGGGUGUCUGGGAGGCUGUUUUUCCUCUGUCUCUCGCUCAUGAAGGGCCGCACUAAGCUCCCUUCCCUCUGCCCGUGUGUGGUAGGUAAAUCCACUUCUGCGUUUUGUGUCAUUUCUUCUCCUUCCAUCUCUCUGUUGCUGCCUCUGUUUUGCAUGUUAGCUCAAAGUCUGCUAGUCGCUCUGGCAGUCUUAGGGGAGGUCUCUGCAUCUACAUCUGUGUGCAUCAAAACAUGCGCGCAAUCUUCUCCACUGUCAUCACAAUCAAGGAUUUUUUUUAACCUCUCCUCGUGCGUAUGCUCUCUGUGGAAUCGUGCACUUUGGGUAUUGCGUAUGAAUGUGGCCUGGCACAUGUGGGUGUGUAUGUGCAAGUGAGCAUGUUUAGACACACAGGAGGAGUACAACUCUCACAGACUUGUUGAUUAAAGCAGUAUAGAUUCACGUACACAAUGGCUUUUUUCUACGGCUUGACAGAUGGUGUUUUUAUUUGAAAAUUAUUCAUAUUUUUUCGCAUCUCUAUCUUUGUAAGGACACAAGCACAGCUCCAAUUUGGCAGAAAAAAAUAACAGACGUCACUUAGAGAGAGGUCAUUAUAUUUUUAAGGUAGAAUGCUUAGGAUAGAAAUGUGAAGAAAACAGAGUUGGGGGUACAAUAAGGGGUUUCUGUCAUUACCCAGGCUUGCUGAGGUCCUAUUAUGUUGAUCACAAAUGCAGAUGUGUGAUUUUGUGAACAUGAAAACAGCGAGAGAGUCCAGAGCUCCUCUGGCAUUAAUUAGAUUAGUAAACACGAUGGGCUUGUACUGGUUGAGUAUAAUGGCACCAAGAUGCCAGCUCAUGCAGUCUCACAGCCAGGAACUGUGCGUAAGUGUGUGUGUGUGUGUGUGUGUGUGUGUGUGUGUGUGUGUGUGUGACAGAGCUUUGCGAGGCGAGAGUUGUCAUUGCACAUGUGAACACAAUUAUUAAUUAUUUUGGCAGUUAGUUUUUAGCAGGUAGGAAUCUUGGUUUGUUCUGAUGAAAUGACACCCUUGUUUUUACAGCCUGAAGUUUAACUUGUAUUAGUUUCUACAUGAGACUGAGGUUACAUUUCUGACUCUCUGCUUGAACUUCACUGUACUUGAAUCCAUGUCUAAUCAUGCAUGUAGGAAACAUCUCUGUAUCCUAGUAGACUUCAUGUUUUCUGGAUUGUCUCUUUGCUCUGUCAGAGCAAAUGAAGUGGAGGAAUUUAUCUGUAUUUCAGCCAAAACUUAAAGUAAAAAAUCCCGGCUAAAAGUUGCCCCUUUUAAUUUUUCUUGUAAAUAAACACAGAUCAUGCAAUUCAAUAAAAUAAAUGAAAAGUGCAGUUUAAGACCAGCAAAUUUGUCAAGUGUAUCUACUACUCCAGUUACCAUUCCCUUUUUGUGCUGGGUACUUCAAACCCUGCACUGUGUAGAACAAUCGCUAGUAGUCUUCUUCUGCAUCGUCAGUGGAGUGUUGCAGCACACUUAAAACCACCUGCAGAAUUAUGUGGCAUAUGGUGUGACUAAACAUCCCAGGACCCGCGUGUAAACUAGACAAACAAAACAAAGACCAGCUAUCACAAAAACAUUUCCCUUGUGAUACUUUGGGUCUUGAACUGCACAGGUUACCUUUAAGAAGCUGCAAAUAACUUCUGACUUUAGCAAAUGUGAAAAUCCUGCUGUAUAAAGAGACCAGAUGAUGAACAUCUGGAUGUCUGAAGCAAAAAUCUGUCACAGCUGCAGAUCCAACAGAUUAAGAUGACCCUCUAGGAUGUGGGCAUAUUUUUUUUUCUACCAUGAAUAACCUUCAAGACAGAACUACAACAGAGGGGCCGACACAAGAUGUAAACCCCAAAGUGACAACUCUUUUUGAGUAAAAUGGAACAGAGUGAGUUCCAGAUCAAAGUGUUGGACAAAUGAGACAAAGAUGAAAGUGUGGAAAACUUCAAAUGGUGUAAUAAUCAAGGGCAUACUACCUCAUCGCUCCACUAUGGUGGAGAUUAUGCCACAGCUUGAGAGUAUUGUUGCCCGUGCAGACAUCUCUGUUUGGUUCACUGAUCCUUUUACUAUUGAAGAAAUGAGAACAUUUGGACUGAACAUACUGGCUGAUGAAUCAACAAUGAGAAACUGAUCUUUCACAUUAGGUUAAUUCAACAAAAAGAUAUUGUAGAUCCAAACAAUGAGAUGUUUCUCCAUUAGUCUUUCCUCUUGCCAACUGAGUAUCUUUCAGGUUUGCAGUGGACCAGAUGGAUUAAAAGGAGCUAUCAAUGCUUCAUGGAUAAUCUGAUGUGGAUGUUAUCUCCUAAACCUCACUCUGAUUUGAGACCCGAAACCUCACAAACACACAAACAUGUCUUGAUCAAAGAACUAGAUGUUUUCAUAUUCUUACUGGGCUCCAUCUUAUUGCUAAAUUACAGCAGUUACAUAACCGCUAACUAGUGCUGUGAUUGCAUUUUAAUCAAUAUAUUCCCCUUCUUUUGCUCUGGAGAUCAUCAGACUGAAAUCUUGCCCCUUUAUGCGUUCAUCUCCAAAUAUCUAUCCAAAGCGGUCAGACUAGCAAUCAGAAUGGGCUCUCUAUGAUUUCUAUCACGUGAUUGGUUGAUUAGUCUUUUGCUGUGAGCGUUGAGUUCAAUAAGGUCUGGUUCUUACUGAUAUGUCAACCAGUUGGAUGGAGACUGUCUAUACUGACAUGAAUAGUACUUAUAAUGAAGUACUUUUUUUCCCACGUUUGAAUAGAGCUUGAAAGACCUGGGGUCACAAUAUGACUAAGACAUAACACACUAUUCCUCAGAGCUCAUUAUACUGGAAUGUAGAUGUGUGCUUACUUUUUUACAACUAAAUUCAAAGUUGGAUAAGCUUAAAAAAAGGAAAGGCCUAUUACUGCGUGUACACCAUGUAAUUAUGGUAAUCUGUUCAUUACUCUGUGCUCUCAGGUUACUAAAGCAGCCAAGCUGAUUUACCGAGGUUAUUGGAAGCAAAUCUGAAGUCUUUCCCAACGCUCUUUGUUGUCCAUUUGAGCUGAGUUGCCAUUCGUGUUGCAGAAUACCUGUUUUUUUUUUCUUGUGAGCCUCUGACAGUAUUUACAUGGCCAACAAAUAUAAAGAAAGUAGCAGAUCACCUGUCUACAGGUUUUUGUCACCGAUUUCCGGUAGUGCCUUGGAACAUGGCCUCAAAUCAAUAUCAAGAUUAAUUGAUUGUUUUUACCUUUAUUAACAUUAAUGAACACCUUCUUUGUUGGUUUUUUCCUCGCUAAUGGCUCAUUGGCAAGCUUUUGUUCUGUAAAUAUGCUCAACUUUUCUCUACCAAAGCUAACUGCAUCUCCUAUUAUAGGUUUUAUGGUGUUAAGGUGAGCCCUAAUCUUCAUGAUGUUAAUGAAGUCUGUUAUUUCUUUUCAUCUUCUUAAAUCCAUCUCAGAUUUUGUAGCAUUCCUAAGUGUAUGUGUUGUUCACAGCUGCUUUGUGGAGGCACUUGAAGCUAAGUGGUUGUCAGUCUCGCUGUCUUUGAGUCAUGCACUGUUCAUGUUGGGGUCUCGGUUUCACUAAGUGAACCCUGGUAUGAUGUGUCUGAUGUGUGUUAGCAAUUUGGACUCUUAUAAACCAAAGGCAGGAAGUGGCAGAAAGCACAGUACAUCUGUGUGUAUGUUAUAGGUGCUUGACUUCUUUGGUACUGGUUCAUUCGUCUCAUGUGAUGCUGCUCAUACGGGAUGCCUCAUUGUGAAACACACAUUAGAGCACAAGAAGAAACGUCAAGACUGCAGAGAUUUGGUUUAGUUCCAUCAUUUAUAUGUUGAACAAGCUGGCGAAAGGUGAUGGCUUUUUUUCUGGCCAAUAGAUGAGCUGUUGUCUUCUCCUUUGUCAGUGUUUGUUUGGAUGUUACUGCCACCAAUAAACAGCCACAAACCAGACUACAUUAAAGUGAACCUAUGUUGCUAUCUCACCCCCCAAAACCAACAAAGUCUUCCAGGCCAUCUUGUGUGAAAAUGACCAAAGUGUAGAAAAAGACUGGUGGUAUUACUUUUGAUCAUUGACCAUUUAUUUCUGCAGUUUUCAGAGUUUUCUGGAUGUUGGUUUCAGUCGCUUGUCAAUAAAUUGUCCAACCCUAUUUCCAAGCUAUGUUUGACAAGACUCCACAAACUUUGACUCAUGAAAACGGUUUUGUAUUAUAGACAGUUCUAAGUUGGGUCAAUAGAGAAAGAGUGCCAGUAGGCUCUACCUGUUGGCACCUGGUGGCUCAGUUUUUAUCUUUUUGGCUGGAAGCGGUACCAUGGCUGACCAGACUGGUACCCCACUGUGCUCGUUCCAUGCUAAGCCAAGCCUCUCAGUGGUGGUCUAAGCCUCUUUGUUGCAUCCAUCAGAGGCAGAUCCAAAAAUAAAUACUCUCACUCUGCUAAAAGUGCUAGGAAAUUUUUCACUCUGAGAAAGUGCACAAUGCGGGGUAUGAGCUUCGAUGCAAGCCCAUCACAAUUCAAACUAAUUCUGCUCCUCCUCUCCAGCGGACAGUGCUGUAUUCACCAGACUUUAAUAGAGCAAUUUAAUGUAUUGGAGACUAAAGCCUUUAAAAAAUGACAAUACUUUUCAACACAGUGGUAACACUACAAACACAAAGGUUUCCGUUAAAAGAAUUCAAAAAAAAAAUUGGCUGCUGCUAGCAUGUAAGCUCACAAAAAAAGCUCCCGUAGUGAGUAUCUUCACUGAUUUGGCGAAGGUGUGUGAUGGUACAAUUGAUUAGAUUUGGCAUGGUUGUGCAGCACAUGGAUUCAAACAAACAGGCAAGUGUGUACUUAAUACAGAAGAGCUAUAAUUAUGAAAAGUGAGUAACUAUUUAGGGUUUUUAAAUAACUUUCCACCAAGACUGUGAAUUCUAUUUUUUUCCGAUUGUAUUGUAUUUCUUUAUUUCCUACAGUUUUACGUUAAUACUUUCAUGACCUCGGAUCAAACUAAGCUUUAAUUUGAGGGUGAAGGACUGAGUAAGCCAUUAUGCAUGCCUAUUUGUGUACUUGUGGCUUUUUUUAUAUCCCACUGUAAAUUAACCGUCUACUUCAUCCAACCAGAACAACAAACAAGAGUCUAGAUCUAAAUAGACACGACUCAAAGCUGUCCAUUGCAGUUGCUCUGACUUGAUGCUAAAUCAGUGUGGCGUAAAAUAAACACACAUGAUGUACAAUACCACACAAAUGAAAUAUGGCAUAUACAGCAGGGCCACCCGUUGUGUAAGUAUGCUCCAGAGUGGUUGUGGGUGGUUCUGGUCUGGGAUGGACAGGUUUUUGUACAGGUUGGAGAUGGAGUGGAUGGUCCAAAGCUAUCCUUCUUCUCCAUUUCUUCACAUCAUAUAUGCAUGAGUCUCUGAUGGAGGGCAGCUGGCAGAGGACAGCACACUGCUGUUGUCUCUAGUGUGGGUGGAGGCGCAGUAGAAGCAGACUGUGAUAGAGGAAGUGAGGUGAUUGCUGUGUCAAACUCGACCAGUCGUUGCUGUGAGACACUCUUUGGAUGUCACAGGAAGAUGAUCAUCUGUUAGUCUUUCAUGAUUACAGUGUAGAUGCUCACUUUUCAUUGGAGGAUGGUGUGGGUAAUUAUACCCAAGAGCCCCAUUUAACCAUUUAAUAACUGUCUCUAAGCAGGUCUGCAGCCUCAUAAAAGAGAAAAGUGACUGUGUCCCAGGGCUAAUUGAUUUUUGGGGGGGCUUUUGAAGUGUGCUGAAGGUGUUUCAUGCACUUCUUACUUCAUGCAUAAUGCAUUGUUCCGAGUCAUCCCUGUUGAUGAUGACUCCAUUGUGGCAUGUUACAUUUACACAGCCGGAUGGUUUUGCAAGAAGCAGAAGCAAAAACAUUGCAUGUGAAACAUUGUGGUUUGUCUGUAGAGCAGCCUUUGAGUGCUUCUGUUGCACCUGCAGCUGAGGUGAGGCGAGGCCCGUUCAGGGCGUCCUGGUUAUGGGUGAAAUAUGGAUGUGUUUAUUUUACCCUGAGGACUGAAUUCUAGGGCAUCUCAUGGUGAAGUAUAAAUAAAUAUUUCCAUCGCUGCCAUUUUGAGGAGUUAAUCAACCACACAGCCCACCUUCUUUAACACCUUCCACAAUUUUAGCUGACAAAGUCCUGCUCAACAGCAUAAUAUUUCUAUUACAAACAGGUGAAAUCAGAUAUUCAGGCCGAGGGACAUCAGAUUCAGCAGGUUCUGUGUAGGUGUGAAUACUAUAAUUCUCACCUCAGGUGUUUUCCUAGUCAGUAGAGCUGAGGCAGCCUCAGAGCCUCAGGAGAUUCCCAGUUGUGUUUGCUCUUUAGUUACACUAUUUCACAGUCAAAGCUGCCGAGUGCUGGAGCUAAGAGAGGAAUGAAGAACUGCUGCUUGUCGUUGAGUUUCCAAUGCUUGUUUUACCUUAUCUCCUUAAGGAGAUCACACCCAUUGUUUGCAUUGGUUUGGACUCUGGCAGACUUGAGUCAGACUCACAGGGUUAGUGGAGGAGGACAAUGGGGAGGGACACUGACUGUAAAAAGGUAGAAAGACUAAAGAGGAACAUUUCUGGAUCACAGUCAAUCAGACGCAUCAUUCCUUGAAAACAUGAUUCAAAACAAUUGAUCUAAUUGUUACUCUCAGAAAUAUUCCAAAUUUAGUCUAUGAACUUCUGAGCUGAUUUGGAUGUUUUUUUUUUUAAGGAAGCAAGUAUAAGGAAGAAAGACACAACCUCAGUCAAUUUUUUUUCUUUUGAAAGGGCUGUUUGAAGAAAAGUUGAAUUUUGUCUCAGUAUCAUUUAUACACCAAGUAUAAAGAGGUAUAAUGACAUUCAAUUGUUCAGCUUUGGUGAGGAUUUGUUGAGAAAGUUAGAGUUCUCAACUAGCAGAAAAUUGUAUGUGCCGUCAAAGUGUUUGACCCAACUGUGGACUGAAGUCCUUGUUGUUCCUUACUCUCUCUUCCCAGUUUCCCUCUCCACCCUCUGUCUUAUCUGAAUGAAGGCGUAAGGCCCAAAAUAAACUUUUUGUUAAUCAUCUGUCUUUGUAAUUACAGAUAGGUCAUAUAAAAUACUGCGAUAUAGGCAGGUACUACAAUGCAAUCUAUCAUCUAACAUCUUGAAGUUUAUUCUCGAAAUAAACAGACAUGUGACAUUUUAGUUGAGGAGGAAAAGGGCAAAUUGAGAAUCGGUUUGAGUCAUUUCAAAUCCUGUAAGUCUCUCCAUCUGUUAAUCGACUUACUUGGACCAACUGGAGCUUGGGCCUUUUCUGUAUCACUGCUUCCUUUUAGCAUUUUAUGAGAUUUUUCCUUAGCUGGUCAUGCCAAGUCUUGGCUAUGCAGUAUAAAAUGCAAAAAAAUAAGACAGUCUAAAGAAAAAGAUUAGCUGUGCUCCAUGUAAAUGAGUCAAACACUGUUAAAAAGAUUAGGAAUCAGCUUUUCUGGUGUGUGUGUCAUGGUCCAUUUGAUUUUGCUGGACAUUGAAUAACAAUGACAGGCAUCGAGAAUGACUACAAGGUAUUUUUCUCUUAAAUAAGUCAGUUUGAGUCUGUUUUACAUGUCACUAAGUUAUUGUAGUUACUGUACAAAACACAGAAAGAUGUGGAAAAAUAUGGACUUUGUAAUGACUGUUCAAGAAAACACAACAGAGAUUGAUUAUGAAGACCUGAUUUAUAUUCAUCAUUAGCCUCGAAGAUACUAAAGCAUUGUUUCUGAGGAUUGAUGUAUAAAGAUUACAUAUUUACUUUCAUUCAUAAAAGUAGAUACUGUUUGUGAAUAAAUACAAGAGAAGGAGUUGCCUGAUUUAUGGUCGAGCAUGUCUUGUCUGACUAAACUAUGUUAUAAUUCAAAUUACCAUACAGAUGUAGUAGAAUCUAAUCUAGUAUGAGAUUAAUAGAUCAAAUUGCAUGUUUAUUUACAGAAAUGUAAUGCUGUCUAUCGACUAUCAUUUUCCAUGUUUGGCCUUGAAUCCAGCUUUGCUCUCUGUCUUUGUUAAAGAGAUUUUACAAAGCCAUUCAAGCCAACUUACCUUUUUUUUCAUAACCACCGAGACCAAAAAGAUUCAAAGAUGGCUACCAAGGCAAACAGAAAAGAUGAGAAAAUGUUGCAACACUUCUAGCUCAACCCACAAUGUGUUAGGCUGAGUUUUCUGUUAUUAGGUGGCUCCAUGCACUUCUCAAACAGCCAGUGGUGAAUAAUACCAGCAUGGGCACUGGCAGCUUCUCUGCUGUGUACUCUGAGAUUAUUUGAGAAAAUACUGAUUACUCAUUGGUGGUGGCACGAGGAACCUAACUUGUGCUCACAUUCACCUCUGACAGAAGCAGCGGCUAUGUAGUUACAGUGAAUGGAAAGCGGACUGUGUGUUGGGGAUCUUCCACCCCCUGCAGAUGUUGUCAUGGAAACACUCUGGCUCCUCUGGGCCUCUCUUUCUCUCUCUGACACACACAAUGCAGCAUCAGGAUGUUAAUGCUAUACUCGACAUCACAGUUCAGGUUUCCAUGUGACUCCCACGCUUACAUAAUGCUGUAGUGGAAGGGGGAACCACUUACAGUAUGUGAUAUCCACAGAAAUUAUACUGUAUCCAUGGCGACUAUAUGGAUAAAAAGCAUUUUAGCCAUCUAUAUGUACUGUUUGCGUGGGAAUACUGCAAAAGAAAUCCAGCUGAUAAAGUUUGGCACAUUUUGAACCUAUUAAAACAUCUGUUUUAUGCAUUUAACUGGUUGAACGGGCCGUUUGAAGUUAUAUGACCUUGUGUGUGCAUUAUGUGUUUCUGUGAAUUUGCAACAGAUAUCCAAAGCAAAUGCUGUACACAGUCAUGAUCAAGCCAGCAUGUUUUCUCUCCUGGUGAUCAGAUACAGGUCAGAGCUCAGAGGAGUGAGAAACAAGAAGAAAAAUCCCACAGCUGAUAACUGAUAAAUUCUGUCAUUAAUGUACCUGGGAUGCAGACUGGGAUUGUAGGAUUGUCAUACCACAGACUGAUAUAUUAUCCACGUUUUCAUGCUCAGGUUGAUCAUGCCUAUAUUCUACCACUUACUCAUUGUGUGGACAUCAUUUUAGGGGAAAAUCUGUGGAAGAAAUGCUGAGAGGGAUCCUCUGACCCACCAUAAAGGUCUUUCUCAGUCUAGUGUCAAUGGCACAGUGCCAUAUUAAAAUAGAAUCUCUGCUGCAAUCAAGGACAGGCUUUUUUUUUUUUCCAAAAAGCAAUAUCCAUGGAAACAUUUGUGGGAGUGAAAAGUCUUCUAAGUCUUCUUAUGUCAUCAGAGAGAAGAGUCAGAGUAUGAAGUACGAUCAAUUGUAAAGAGAAAAUGUCAGAGAGUAUUAAAAGAAGAACAGGACCAAAGCUGAGCCCACACAAUGAAACCCACAAAACACACCACAUUCAUGAGAAUAUUAUGUGAUUAUGAGUGAAGGCUCUUCAGCUGUAUUGAUGUUCUUAUUAUUGUUCUGAAAAUCACAUUACUGUACAAAGUGCUCUCUUGAGAGUUACUCUAUCGAUUGAAUUGAUCUGUUGAUUUAUAUACUGCCGCCUCUAGUCUGUGAGUUAUUGUAAAGAACAAUUUCCCGUCACACCGUGUUGAAAUUCAUGACCUCCCUCUUGGUGUCCUGUGAUAAUCCUGCUGAUGUCUUCAGCACACUGCAGAUUUCCCAGGAUAUCCCCCACUCUCUGGGAGUGUGGUGAGGUUGAAAGAAGGAGAAAAAAGAACUAUUAGCAGCACACCGGAGUGUUUGGAACGGUCCAUGUGUUCGAUUUAAAGCUGACGUCACUCAAAAGUGAGGAGCCCUGCGCCGCAGUCGGUCCUGAGAUGAAUGCACAAUAUUUAAAUCUAGCCUACCUGGUUCUCUCACUCCACCCUGUGGGCGCACCGUGUCAGCACAAUCACACACAGGAGGAGAGGAGGAAAAGAACACACAAACAGAGGCCAGAUGAAGCACAAUUGGACCUAUUCCCUUUCAAAGUCAUUGAUUAUAAAAAAGCAGUUUUAUGGUUCAUUUUUGAUGCAUACUAUCUCUUUAAUCUGAUUAUUUAAGAGAGAUAAAACAUGACUGAAAAGUCAUCAUAUAGCCUGUAAAAAUAAUUCAACUGGCUCAUACCAUAGAUACAAUUAUCAUGUGUUAGUCUUUUUAUUUUAGUUUGAAUUACGAUCUAUAAUUUUGAGUAAAUUUGCUGGCAGAGAGUCACAUCACCUUUUAAAGAUUAUUUGUCUGUCCUGCAACACUAACUUAUUCCAAAUACAUAGAGGUAUUUAAUAAUAAUAAUAUUAAUAAUAAUGCAUCAGAUUUUUAUAGUGCUUUUCGUCAGUGACCUCAAAGUGCUUUACAUUGGAUCCAUCAUUCAUUCACUCACACAGUCACACCUUGGUGGUGGUAAACUACCUUAGUAGUCACAGCUGCCCUGGGGCAGACUGACAGAAACGUGGCUUCCAGUUUGCACCUAUGGCUUCUCCGACCACCACCACACAACGCUCACAAUCAUACACCAGUGGAGGACACACACACUAAGAGCAAGGUGGGUUAAGUGUCUUGCCCAAGGACACAACGGACAGACUAGGGACAGGGCGGGACUCAAACCGCCAACCUUCCAGUUAUUGGCUGACCUCCUGAGCUACUGCUGCCCCUGAAUCUUGAUUUAUAAUAAAAGAAAAGGCAUUUAAAUUUAACUGAUUAUUAAUGGUCAACUUUAGUUUCUUUUAUUUCGUUGUUGUAAAAAUUGUUAUAUUUUUUGUACUUUGUAGAGGUAGAUUUGUAAAUUAAUCACAAAUACAGAACCCAUGAGUAAAACAGCAGCUUUACAGUUUUGCUUUUCUGUCUGUUCCAGUUUGAUUCAGCUCCUGGUAUCUGAAGAUGUGUUUACACCCUUUUGCUGCGUGUGAAUUACGGUGUUUCUGAAAAUAGGGGCCAAGAUUUUGUCUGUUUGUCUUAAUGAAGCUUUUUCUAAAUGAGACAGACAUAAACUCUAGUUGAGCUCAAUCAGCAAGCAUAUCCACAACGAGGACAUUGUGUAGCUGGUUUGGACAUUUCAGCACCUUGGACAGCUUCUUCUUCAGCAUUGUUCUAUUUAUCCAACAGGGGACGCUGUAACCACACUGUAAGGUGGCGGUGAGGGAGCAGGUUGUCUGAUGUGUGGUCGUUUGAUUUCUCUCUUCUCAAACUGCCUUAAGAUUAAUGUGUGUGAGUGUAUGUGUGUUUGUGUGUGUAACUAUCACAUACAAAUAUAUUUUCAUUCUACCACCGGGGGAAAAUUACUAUACCGCUGCGCCCCAUUCAGCCUCCCCUUCUCCGUCUAAUGAUUCCAGCUGCGCGUUACGCACAAACUUUACGGUCAAUCACAAUAGGGAGAGAGGAAGAGAGAGAGAGCGAGAGAGAAAGAGAGAGAGACUAGUGCUAAUCAUGAAUGGUGCUGUCAGUGUGAAAACCUAUGGACAAUAUAGCGACAGACGGCAGCUUUUAAUGUGGCAAACAUGUUAGAUGCUGACUUAUAUAAACACAAAUCUGGACCCGAGUAGGCUACCGCUGCGGUUCCAUUUCACCCGGCCAGCCCGUCUGUUAACCGGCAUCACUGACCCCCUCCUCUACCCCUCGUCUCUCCGCGGCUCUCUCGACCAGCUGUACCGUGACUCUGAGUGUGUGGCGGCGGACCGACGAGCUGUGGUCUGUGCUGUCCGCCUGCUGUGAGUGACUGAGUGAGGCUUUGGACUGAUGUCUUUGCCCAUAAGGAAUUUAAAGUGUCUCUCGCCGGUCAUGUGCCAGUGUAAGGUCAUCUGCAGCAACCGGACCCUCUCUCUCAUGUUCGGCUGCAAGGUAAGCCCGGGGGGGUGUAGAAGCAUAUCUGCGGCGUGGAUGCAUGUGUUAAAAAAUGCACUUUGUGGAUCGUUGAUUCGUGGAUGUAUGUGGCAAAAUUAAGAUUAAAACUCCUCCUUUUGCGCGCAAUCGAGCGAUUUUUUUAUGAGGGAGCUAAUUUGGAGCGCGCCUUCUCUUCACGCAGCUGCAGCUGUAAUUAGCCUACAGUCAACAUUCAGCCAGGCUUUCCCCUCUUUUCCUCCUGUUUUCACUCACAACACAUAACCUGAACACCCUCGUGUGCAUGGUCGUUCAUUUCAGGCUGAAAUAUGGUCAGCUUCCAUUUACAGGAACAGGCAACAGCAUUUUUAGCCUGCAUGGUUGUGUGUGAUCUUCUUUACCAUCAGGGUUUGAGAAGAUUUAACCAAUGAAACAUCAAUCACCAUCAGAUAACAUCUGUAAGUAUAGAUCUGGUCACAUAAGGGCUGGUUGGUUCACAUUUAGCUUUGCAUGCCAGCAAAACAAACUGGAUGGCACGCUUUUGACCUUGGGAAAUGCACUUAAUCGCUCAGGGCUGCUUAAAUAUCAGUCAUCAUCAGAGAAAGUGAACACUGCAGGAAAGACUGAACCCCAGCGUGAAACCAGGUAGCAGGGGUAGUGCCCCUGCUGUUUCCUGUAGAGCACUGAUGAAUCAGAACCAGUGGUUGUUCCCAGCUGCUCAUUAUCAGCAACAAACAGGCUAUUAUGUUUAGUUGUGUGUUUGCACUAUCGCUCGGUGUUUAUAUCAAGGGGAAAAGUUUGUAUUCUCUGUGCAAAGAGCAGCAUGUUCAGUCAUUCAUUCAAUGAUUGUCCAUCACUGCCCCUCCCUCCCAGUUUCAGGUGUUUCCAGCAUGGCAGCCCGAGCCAGCUCAGUAUUUCCCUCCACAUGGUGCUCUAUCUGUUAGCUUUUCAAAGCCAGAUCCCACUACACUGGUCCGCUCUGGUCCAGGAAUCAUGGCUACGCUUGCCAGAAUUAAUGUGUACAUGUGUACAGAGCUCCAGAUUUAUUGUUUGUGGAUUUAGUUCCGACAUUUUGGAUUGUGUGCUGUUUCCUUGCUUGAAUCUGGUGCAUUUCCUGCAUUUUAUUAGUGCUGGUGCAACAAUACAUCAGCAUACAUAGAUAUGGUGUUUAUUCCAGAGAGCUAACAUCCAGUGUCAGUGAAAGAAAACAAAAAUCCAUAUCAUAGAAAGACUGGUGUCAGCUUACAGAAAGAUUGAGUCUUAUUUUCUGUCAUGUCUUUUUAUUUUCAUUUAAAUAUCUGUACUGAAGUUGUAAAAUCACACUGUGCUAGUUGAAUAAAUGGCAGCCUUUGUGAUAUCAGCAAAUGUUAAAGGGAAUCUGUAAAGAUGUAACAUGAUGACAUUUAGAUUACACAUUUCUAUUCACUGCUUAAUAUCAUACAACUAUAAUUGCUAAAUUUGAUCAAUGACAAAUACUCUUUACAUUUUGUCUGGACGAGAGAUAUUUCUGUGUUUGUGUGACACAGCUGGUGGUUUAACGUGGGUGUUUGCUCUCAUGGUUUCUGAAGGGGAAGUCCUGCUGUGCUCACUGUUAACUAUUACUGGCUCAGAUUUUUCCCAUGUGUCCCUGUUUCUCCAUCACACCCUACUCAAGCAAAAGAAAUUAUGAUUUUCAACCCACUGACUUUUAAGUUGACUCAACAGUCAUGAUGACCAAAGAGUAAAAUGCAUUUACGUUAUGGAGGGAGGGUAGAUUUAGAGUAGGGAUGAUCUCUGAAUCACGAUGAACCGUGCUUUGUUGUUAGAAAUCUUGAGUUCAGCUCAUCCAGAGCACAUACAAUAAGCAGAUUUUAGCUCUUUGUAUGUUUUUAGAUAACAAGGAAUUCUUUAAAAGAUCAAUUUAGAUUUUAAAUAGUCAAUCUCAGACUUAUGAAUUGCUUUGAGUUUGUUUUUUUAUCCCCAUUAACAGGAUCAUAGUAUUCCCAUCCACCAGCAGCUCUGCACACACGUUUCCUGCAGGUUCAGUGGCCCUCAAACAGCUUGGUUCCAGUCUGUUGCAGUCUUGUUGUGGGUUGUUAACAGUGGGGCUUUAUUUGACCAGAUCUUGUGGGAUGUACUGUAUGUUGCUGGCAUAUUUUUUUGCUGUUGCCUAGAAUCCUGUCCCUUUCAUCAGUGCUUCCCCAGCUCUUUUUUUUUGUGCCCCACACUCUCUAGGACUGCAGGAAGUUUUUGUUAAAUGUCUGUGAAACUAUAGCUGCCACAUGACUGGUCAUUUCCCAAGGUGAUGAUCCAAGGUUACUUGUUUGCAUAACCUUUCUUCUUAAACAAAGAACCUGGCAGAGUCUCUCAGUCAUCUUCAAUUCAGGGAGGUAAUUAAAAGGAUUUUUUAUGUGGCUGGAAGCAUCCAGCAGUGCUUUAAUGUGCCCUUUUAUGCUUAAUGCUCAUUGAUGGAUGCACAGCAUUUCUUCAAGACAGACUCUUCAGUUGAAGUUUGUUUGAUGCAGCACUGACAUGAAGGCCGUGCAGUGUGAGCCAGCCAAAUAAAAGAGGAUGAAUGUAACUAGGUGUUAAAGGGAUAUUCCGGUGUAAAAUUAAUUCAGGGUCAAACACAAUGCAACACCGAGUUAGUCACCUCCUCGAGAGAUGAAUGUUGCUCACCGCUUGCUUCUCUAGUUAUACCACAGGAUAGCAAUACACAGCAGUCUGAGGAGCCAUAAACAAACCUCAACCAAAACGCCACUCUAUAGCCACAAAUAAUGCUCAGAACAGCACCUAACGCAACAAACAAGCGACUUAACACCACGGUAACCUUUUCUUUUACGGAACACUUAUUACCAGGUAAUUAACAGGUAAUUACCUAGUAACAACAUAAAAUUAUCCGGUAAUUACAUGAAAACUACUAAGUCAAUACUGUCUAGUUUUUCUUUUUUUCUUUUUUCUGUGCAGCUCCAUUUUCAAAAGCUAUUUGGGGUUCUUAUUUUCUAUGAUGGACACUUGAUACAGCCUAUGGGCGUGUGAAGAUUGUGUAGCAAUACUCUGUUUGAGCCGAGCGUUAUCACAGCAACUCACCCGCCGAAUGCGUUCAAUGCUACUGUGCAAGUGGUGGUUCCAGGAAGCAGAGAAAAUCCUGGAAUUAACCGAGCAAUUCGGCUUUAAAUUUGUAUGAUGAUGGAAGGUUACCUACCUGGUAGCAAGACAGUAUUGACUUAGUAGUUAUCAUGUAAUUACCAGAUAAUUUCAUGUUGUUACUAGGUAAUUACCUGUUAAUUACCUCGUAAUAAGUAUACCGUAAAAAGAAAAUGUUACCAGCACAACUCACCUAGUCGUGUUUAGUCUCUUUGCUAAAGAAAUCAGGCAAAGUUAAAAAGAUGUUUGGUGGCUAGUGCUUUGGCUAGGACCCUAUAUGUACUGUUGAUGAAGUUAGGUGCUGUUCUGAGCAUUAUUUGUGGCUUUUUGGUUGAGGUUUGUUUAUGGCCCCUCAGACUGCUGUAUAUUGUUAUCCUGCGGUUGUUACUUAAGUUGGUAUAACUAGAGAAGCAAGCGGUCGGCAACAUUCAUCUUUCAAGGUGGUGUCUAACUCAGUGUUACGGUGUGUUUGACCCUUAAUUAAUUUUACUCCGGAAUAUCCCUUUAAUGUAAUGAAUUAUUCAUGUUUUAGGGAUCAGUGGGCCUUCCUCUCAAUAUCCAGAUCAAUAAUCACCUUAACCUGGCGAUCAAUUAUUAGACAUCCUUACUGGAAAAUGGGCAGAAGAAGACCUGCUCUCACUUAUUACCAGCUAUCCAAUCAGAUGAUCUGGAUUAAUGAUGUAUAAAGUAUCACAAAGAGGUGGUUUAUUUUGCCAUGUUGUGUUGUGCCGGUGAAACAUUUCAGAUCCUCACUGUCACUGUUUUUAUUGCCUUGCAAACACACAUUCCCUCCAUAUGGAUUUGACCUAUUUUAUCCUGCUGUUUAUGUCAUCUUUCUGUAUAAAGAGCUGCAAGUCACAGCUCUGACAGUAAGCUCACAGUGAUGCUGCAACAACAAUGCGCCGCAGCAGAUAUUUACUAAUGCUUGGUUCAGGUCUAAUAUUGAACUAUACAGGGUGGCCUCUACCUCUGUAACUUAUCAAACACUGCAGCUGCUGUCGUGUGAACAAUAGGUGUGUAGGCUGGAGGAGUAAAUAGCUCACUCUGAGUACAAAAACAGCUCUGCACAGAGUUGGCCUUUACUGUAUGAAUCUAUAAAAGCAAUGCAAAAAAAUAAUCACCCAUUAGUUCGUAUGAGUAAACAGUCUUUCUAGUGCUAUGUCAAUGCAGAGCUUGUGGAUUUUCUUCGGUAGACUCAAUGUCUUAUUUGAAAGAACUCAAAUAUUUUAACAAGCCGACAUAAUCCUUUACAAAUGUCAGAACUACCAGAAUUAAAUCUGCAUAUUAUUAUAGGGUGGGUUGCCUAGUUACACAGAUUCCUACCAAAAACCUUGAGGUGGGCAAAUUCAAGCUGCAGAAGUGAUAGUGGGGUAUUUGAUUUACGAGUAAAGGCCCAGUUUUCUGAUACUUUUAACUCAUCACAGACAAAAUAUCAUAUCAGAAUCCAACCUCACUAAGCACCAAGUACAGGUUUACAUUGCAAACAAACUCAGCUACAGGAUGAAGUGCAUGGGCAGUAGAAGAGAAACCAAGGCUACAUCGACUUUGGUUUCAGACUCAGAACUCACAGAAAAUUUUAGAUGUGAGGUGACUGCUUGUAAAGUCCACGGUAAGACAUGAGUGGGUGUACGAAUUCACAAAAGCUCAGACUUUUUUUUUUGAAUCUGCAGGGAACACAUACAGGGACGAUAGGGAAAAAAAGAAAGAAACUGAAAGGAAGUAACGGAGCCGAGAAAGAGUUGUGAGAUCAGUGCGAGUCUGAGCUGGAUACAAACGCACACAGACACACUCCUACACAUGGUUGCUGCACAUUUCGGUAGCUAGCUCGCAACAGAAAAUGAUAAAUACAGCACUUUUCCUCAAAAAUAUGUGAGAGCCACUCGAGCAAGUGUCAGUUGAAAAUGUGCAGGUUAUGCUUUUACCUGACUCUAACAAUGCACUCAGUGCUGCUAAAGUUGAAAGGUAGUGAUUGUUUUUUUCUAGAGCUGCUAAAUGAAUAUGAAUAGAUGGGGUGGUCUUGUAAAUGUAUUAACACGCCAACAAAUUUUCAACUACUGCCAACACAACCUCCCAAAUGCUUUGCUUCUGAUGUGUGGUCAACCAAUAAGAAACAAAAGCAUUUCAUCAAGGUGAUAACAGAUAAAGACGCAGUCAGCAUCCUGCACCACAGAGCUAGUUCAUUUUGAAAACAGUGCAUACAAUCAAAGCAUAAAAGUGCAUAAUAAACAGGACAGCUAUUAUGCGUCAUGUUUGGUUCUACCAAAAUCAUUAGCUAAUCUUGCACUGCCGCAUGUUAACAUGGCCCCCACUUAUAUAAUUGUGGGUGGAUAACACCCACGGGGCUGGGGGAGGGUUUACAACACAAUCCCCCCUUCUACAAGUGCAGCAUACAUAAAAUGUACACACUCAGCAUAAAACCAGUGUGUGCAUGCGGCUGUGGACAGAGGGGGGAGGAUUAAACGAUUAAGACUUUUCUGUUAUGUGUGCAAGAAGGCGGUAAAAAGAAGAAAAGGUGAGAAGUUUCAGCUGACCUGCUGACCACAAAUUCAAAAGCAUUUAGAUUGAGCUAAUUGAGCCGAUUUCUGCCACUCAAGCUUCAUGUUUGACUGAAUAUCUAUUUGUGAGACUUUGUUAAUAGCACUUUCAACUCAGAUUAAUCGUAUUUAAGGAAAAGCUACCACACAAAUUAUGAAGGCUUUGUUCUUCUAUGCUGUAAAAUGUGUAUAUUUUUUAAAAAGCUUGAAAUGAGGUGAAUUAAUUUGGCAGUGAAGCACAGUUUCAAUUUGUUUUGAGUCAAAAAAACAAGUACAAGCAACAUUAUGCAACUGUUUCACCUGAAAAGUGCUGCAUUCAAAGGUGUAGCUCAUACAGUAACUUGGAAUAUAGAGAUUGGGGGCUUUCUCAUCCCUUUUCUUGCAUUUAUCUUUGGUUAAGCCUAAACCAUCACCUUUGAGAACAGCAUAAGGCUCUGCUGCAUUGUGUUUACUUAACUAAGCGUCUUCACCCAGCUGUAAGAAGCUAACUCUCUUAGUUUGGAUGUCAUGGCAGAAGCACAGAGAUUGAUGCAGAUUCAGAAAGCAGGGCCUAAACUUGAAAAAUUGGUAUUGCCUGCGACAGAAUGAUUGACUGUAGAUAUAAGACUGCUGCCAUUUAUCAGUUAACUGCAUUUAGAGAAAAACACAUCUUUUUUCAAACGGUUUUACUCCACUUUGCAGAAUCAUGUAAAUAUUAUGCUGUUUCUAUUUGGUACAAAUAGGUAGAGAUGUCUUUAACAGCAGAGCAUGGAACAGCCCUUUGAACAGCUUCUACCUCAUCAAUGUGAAACAAAGUUCGGAAGCUCAAGGAGGGUGUGGCUCCCACCAAGAUUCAUGGUAGACCGGUGUGUGUGUUUCUGUGUGUGUCUGAAAAGCGGAGGGACAGAAUGAGCAAGAGGAGAGAGGUUGUAGUGAUAAGAAGCGCGUUUGCGUGAUAAUGAGCUACCUGGCCAAAAAGUGAGACAUCGUUCUGAAUCAUAAUUACAAAAAACCAGCCCAAGUUGUUAUAAAGGACAAUCAGCUCUAAAAGACUGAAUGGUUUUGUAAAAUCUGCAACUUGUGAAAAAAAUUCAAGCUGUAAAAGAGCUCAAAUUCUUGCAAAAUUAAAAUUAAGAGUUUUUAAGUUUUAAGAAGGUUUUGAGUUGUGUAAAUGAGUGUGACGUGGAUGUCAUUUUUAAUAACUAUAUCAGUAACAAUCAAAAUUUGGUUAUUAUUUUUGCUAUAAUCAAGCAGCCCUACAAAUUAGAAUCACUCUCCUUAUACGACUCCUUGCUAAAUUACCGCAGCUGAACGCCCACUAUGACGCCAUUUACCGCAUCUCUGAUUCUAAUCUGAUCAUUAAGUACGAUGAUAGGACUGUGUAGCUGUUAUCAAUGAUGAAUCAUGGCACAGAAAUGAGAUUCAGAAUGUCAUUAAUUUGGUUAAGAUGACGUAAAUUCACAAACAAAUAUAUCACAGGAAUAAAAGAAAGAUUAACUGCUGGGUUUUGAGAGGAGCUCUGCAUGUAUCUGGGGACUUUAUUUAUUUAUGACUUUUCCUGUUUCACUGAAGUAAUAUCAGCCUUUGGGUGGUGAAGAAAGCCCAACAGGGAGUUUGUUCUUAUUUUUAGAGAAAGUCUUAAGUUGCUUGGGAUUGUAAUGAGCCUCACAACACGCACCACUGAAAGUAUUUUUACAUGUUUGAUCCAAGUUUUACUCAGACACUUUCUAAAAAGUGCUUCAUGGCAGAGUGAGCACCUCGGCUAUGUCCCUCUGGGACAAUGUGCCGAAGCAGUCAAGGUAAUGCUUGAUAUGAAACACCUUCUCUGCAGCACCAUCUGCACUGGUGUUACUGUUGUUGAGAAGCUUGGUUUAUUCCAUUAAAUUACACUAUCAAAAAAAGUGGAUAUUUUACGUGAUAUGAACUCUUUAAAAUUCAAAUUUUGUGGCUGACUUCAUGUUCAUCUGGAAGCUUUGUGUACAGUAUUCAUUUUUCAGCAUUACAAUGAGAUUCAUAUGGCUUUUCAAAAAGGCAGAUGUAAAUUCGAGCAUAGAGGAUGAAUCUAGAGCGUCUCCAUGGAGAGAUAAAAAGCUUUUCUUUGUUGCGGCCCCACUCUUUGAUUCAGACUGGGUGUAUUCUUACAUUAGAAUCCAUCCUGGUGCAGUUUGCAGCACUCUACCCCAUGGUGAAUGUAAAGUCUGUUGUUGUUGAUGCAGCAGCGUAGCUACAGGAUACCAACACUUGUCAAAGUAUUGCGCUGAAACACCUCGGAGAGUAGUUGGGAGUUAGCAUUGGCAGAAGAUGAGUGAAUCUGCUGUCUUGUGGGAUUUACGUUUAAACGAAAAAAUAAAAACAGUUGUACUGGUAGGUGUUGGAUGGCACCAGCAGUCGUAAUAAUGCAAAUGAGAUGAAAGCUGUGUUCGAAAUUUGGCACUUGAGAAGACACCAGAGAGUAAAAAUUGACUGAGAAGGCAGGGAUGACUUCAUCUGAUUUGGUUGUUGUAGAAAGAGAAAGUUCAGAAAAAGUUCAUUUGACAAUCAGAGCUCUGUGGAAGUGACAAUGACAGAUGAUACAAUGAUGAUGAAAAUAACACAGUGCACAACAAUACCAACAGCAUCCAACCGCACAUAACUUUGAAAACAGAAGGUUCAUAUUUAGCCUGAGACGAAGCUCCUAAAUUAUAUAUUAACAGGAGGGGUGGCUGACUGAAGGACCUCUCUUAUCCUGCCAGAGUCAGUGUCUGGUGCUGCAGGUUAUCAGACAUGAGGAGCAGACAGCCGUAAAUCAUUGAUAAUGAAUGGUGAUUUCAUACAGGUGAAGAAGUGUUAAAGUGCUGUGUGGUUAUACCUCUGCUGCUACGACUAUACUUGAGCAGUCUGCCAAGGUAUCGACUAUGUGGGGGAAUCGUUGGUUUCUUAGGGUGCGUUUUGAUCAGUUUUAUCAAACUGAGUAACACACUUUUUGUACGCCAUCUAAACAACAAUUAAGAGAUCAUCUUGGGUGAUAUAUUGGACAAGCCUAGUUACAACCUCUGCCUCUGCUGUUCUCUUUUAUGCUUGAUGGUGAAAAAUAGACUAUGCUUAUUUUUGUUGUUAAAGGGAUAUUCCAGUGUAAAAUCAAGUUAGGGUCAAACACACCGUAACACAGAGUUAGACACCCAGUUAGGAGAUGAGUGUUGUCGACCACUUGCUUGUCUAGUUAUACCAACUUUAGUAACGACCACAGGAUAGCAAUACAGAAAGCCAUGCACUCAACCAAAACGCCACUCUAUAGCCACAAAUGAUGCUCAGAACAGCACCUAACUUCAUCAACAGUACAUAUAGGGUCCCAGCCACAGCACUAGCCACCAAACAUCUUUUUAGCUUUGCCUAAUUUCUUUAGCAAAGAGACUAAACACAACUCACCUACUCUCUUCCAGCAGCUGCUUGUUUGUACGGAGACCUCCGGACAAGUCCAUCGACUACAGCAGGGGGACACAGCUCAAAGAAGAACAUUCAUGAUCAUAACUUUAUCAUUUUCUUGAAGUUAUAAUCACCAUAUUAAUCAUUUUGCACCAUAUAUGCGAUAAUUCUUCUGCCUUAGCAUCUCAGUCUGAUUGCAUUUCCAUGAGGUAAUGAUCAUAAAUGUUCUUCCUUGAGCUGCGUCACCCCGCAGUAGUCGAUGGACUCGCCCAGAUGUAGGUCAGGAUCUUUUGAGUUGCGUCAAUGUCAGCAGUCCCUUUGGACAAAAUAGUCAUUUCUGAUCUUGUCUUCUACAGGCUAAGGCAAUGUCUCCUGCUGAAUGAAAAAGCUUUGUAUGAAAAACCUCCUCACAGGAGCUUUAAUGUCAUGUAAUACUACUCAGUCAGAGUGUAAACUUUGACAGAGGAGCCCACUAUAGUGAAUGUAAAAAAAAUAUGUGUAUAUUUGCAUAACCAGUCAAAGUAUCGUCUGUCUUAAAUCUUGACAAAUCAUUGAAAAAGGUCCUCAUAAACUUAUAUGAUGUUUGGUUUGAUUCAGGCACAAUUACUCGUCCAGUUAGGCAUCACUGAGCUGAGCUAUUAUACUGCAUUCAUCUAAAUUCCAGCAUGUAUUAUUCUGACAGCACUGUGAAGCGUCACAUAGUCUUAGCACUUGGCAUAAAAUCCCUCUACAGUUCAUCUGAGCAGCAGCUGCUGAAAUUAAUCCUAACACAAAAAAAUGGAUUAAUCACCAUUAAAGAAAAAGCAAAGAGAUGAACUUUGAAAAGCUUCAAUUCAGGGGAGAUGCAGUCAGGGAUCUUUUACUUUUAUUUUACACCUGAACAGCCUCUCAAAGAUCCUGAAACAGCCUGCACAUCAAAUGUCUUUCCAGGCGGAGUUUCUUGGAAAUUAUAUGCCUGAGAGGUUAGGUUCGCUUUCAUUCCAUUCCCUAAUGCACAGCAAUUUAAAAGCUCAAGCUCAGUCCUUGAAUUACCAACUGAGAUGACAGUGGAUAGCAUUUGACAUUUGCUUAACAUUAAGUUAACUCAGUUAACCAUUAAAGGGACAGCUUAUUCAGCUAUUUAAGGUGCUCCUCUUAUUAUAGUACAGGAAGGCCUGCACGCUGAAGAGGGACUCCUUUUACUGACCUUUGAAGCUGAGUAAUUCCUUAAAGAUGGACUGGAUUCUUUGCACAUUGAUGUCCUGAUACACAGAAGCUGGAAGUAUUCAGAGCUGUUUCAUUCAGCCUUUGAUACAUUAUAGGGCUGGGCGGUAUGGGAAAAAGUCAAUCACAAUACAUUUUUUCAUAUAAGUCGAUAUUGAUAAAACAUGAAGUUUAACAGUGCUUAUUGGUAGCAGGUCUUUUGCAAUACAAUAAGCAACUGCAUCCAUGAGGUCUUUGUGUCUCUUCGACGUUUUGUUGCAAGGUGUUGUUCUCACCGACAGAGCUGUUUUUUUCAUGUGUUAAAGUGGUAUGGUUGCGUGUAGCUGCAGCCUGAUACUACGUAGUUCUUUGCUUCCUGGUUCUAAUUUGGCACAUGAUUGGUUUAGGGCGAAGCGGACCCAGAGCAACUCCCCUUUCAUUGGCUAUUCGUAUAGUCUACCAAAACAUGGCAGAAUGCAGACUAUCGAAAGGGAUACUGACCAUGUUUUACAUUGAUAUUAUAUUGACCAUGUUUUAUAUUCAUAUUGAGAGCAAUUAAUUUUUGACACAUAGUGUUAUUGUUUUAUCGCCCAGCCCUAAUACAGCAAGACGAUUUUCACAGUUUGAAGCUACCAUAACCCCUUUUUUUGUGAGAAGAGUCCAUUAAAAACAAUGUUUAGAUUCAUAAUGUCCAGUUAUGCUUAUCAAAAUUAUUAGUUCAUUUUGUGUUUGCUCUGUUUUAAUGCUGUAGUGGAGAUAAGUAUUAAACAAGGGGCUUAAUUAACACAACACACAUCAUCAUUUUAGGUAUCCAGUUUAACUUUCAAGACUUGUGUGUUUUAACCUGUGUUAGAGCAUCUAUGCUGGAUUAACGUGGGAGCAACUUCCGUCAAAAACUUUAAAAGGCCUUUUGCAUUACGGAUCUGACAAAAAUUAAUUAUGCAUGAAUUAGUUUGAAAUGAAAGUAGAUUAUGGAAAACGCUGCAGGUGUGCAAAAAUGCACGGGCAUGAAAAAUAUUAGCUGCUGCUGCUCUUCUCUCUAGCAGAAGGUCGCUGUCUUUGUUCUGAACAUUCAGAGCUGUCUGUUUUCAUUUCGGGCUCCUGAUUAGGGACUGACUGAAAUACAGGACACCAGGUGAAAAUGAUUAUGCUUAAUUAACUCGCCGGAAAACCUCGAAUCAACUCUUGUAGUAUCAAAGGGUUGUGCUAGUUUAUUGACAGACCAAAGAAGAAGAAAAACACAGUAUUUGCAUUAACCUUUGCAUUUGAUACAAUAAAACAGCUUUUCAGUUAGUAUUGUAUUCAUCAGAUAGUUUCUAAAUAAACAAAUGUCGCACUGUUCAGGCUGUAUUUGAAAAAGUUGUGUUUUUUUCUGCUGUUCUGCUACAUGGGGGGUUAAUCACACAGCUCACUGGUCAGAAGAAUUGCGCCUAAACCUUUCUCCAGAAGGACACUCUGCAAUGUAUAUUAAGCGUCGACUGUCACAUCCCCCAACCACUGUGACAGAAGGCAACAUGCAGCAUGAAUGUUGGUCAUGCAGGAAAGUCAGAAGCAGUGGAGAAAAAAAAUUGCCUAGGGCUACUUUUAACUGUAGUCAUGUAAUGCGCAAAUCGAGCUCAUAGUUGAUGUUACUUUGCAAAAUGUUAUUCGUGGAGUUCACUCAUGAAGAAAAUGAUGAUUAAUAAUCAACCAGCAGUGUUCAGUUUUCACUAUGACAGUAUACAAUGUGUACAUGUAGCUGUCGGCAGCAAACACUGCGUCUGUUGCGCUUCAUGAAGGAAAUUGAUUGGUCCAUGCUUAUUAACUUGUAACAAUGGAACCAUGCUAUCAAAUCUUUCUCUCUCUGGUCUGUCCUUAUGCUGCUGUUUCCUGCUUCCUUUUAUUGACAGUCCCACUUUUGUCAUUCUUACCCAUCCCCCCUACUUUCCCCUUUAUCUUCAUCUCUAUUUCACUCCCUCUCCUUCUUGCUGUCUCAGUGUAAUGUGAUCCAGGACCAAUGCUGGCAGCCCCAACUGUGCCACUGCAAUCUCUGCUCUGCUCUGGUUGCUAGGCAGCCUGUCUGAGACGGGGCUUGAUGAUGCACCUCCCUUUUCGUCUGCCUCCUAAAAAGAAAAAAAAGAGCAAGAAGGGCUAGAGUGGCAGAGAGGACCAUUGGGCUAUUAGCCAAAAUUCAGAUGAUGGCUCCAAUUUUCUUUAUUUUCGGAUAGGGUUGCUUCACAUCUGCAGUGCAGCAGAGCAUAUUGUGAGCCUGGAGGGCUUUAGUGGGGUACAGAUUAGUAGGGGAAAAAAAAAAUUCACAAACCCACAGGACAGUGUUGCAGAUCCACGCUGCGAUGCUGUCCACCUUCUGAUGUGUUUGUGAUGGAAAACGCAGUGUGCAGGUUUUGUGUCAUCACGCCUAGAAUGAAACCUACCAUGUGUGGCUAACACAGUGGGCUGCUGGCACGCUGCCCAGGUGUGGGAUGACGGUAGGGGAGGAAGGUUACGGGAAAGAAGCUGCAUGAUUUGCUGCUUCUGUGGAGCCACUAUGAGUCAUGGCUCUGGUUGACCAUGUGGUUGUGGAGGACGAAUGCUUUACUCAAUGUUCAAUGACAAUAUUUGGAGGCCUCCCAUGAUGUCUCUUUGCACUUGUAGGCGUCACACAUGUUACAAAAUGUACACCAUUUGCAUACGGAUUACCCACAACUUGGAUGCUCUGUGUCCUCAGUGGGGGUAGUUUAUCUUUUACGUUAUUUUAUUUAAAAGCAGGGGGAGUUAAAUGAACUUUUGCAACAAUGGAGCUGAUGAGAGGCAAAUAUUCACACUGCUAUUAGCUAGCAUGCAGUAAAGUAUAUGUAUCAGUGUUUUAUUUUACCAAUCACCAAUAAACUCAGUCAAAUAAAAAGCAUGCUACUUUGGCUUCACUGUUGGUGUGUCUUCUCCUCUAGGUUUGUUGUCUGUCUGCAACUGCAUAAGGGUUUUAUUAUCUGUAACUGGUCUCAUGAAAUAAUAAUAAUAAUGAUAAUAAAAAUAAAUGGUACUGGUAUCAGCGUCACCCAAUACCAGUCAUCCUCAAGUAAUAGAAUGAUUUAUUUUUCUGUAUUAAACAAUAUCCGCCAACCUUUCUUGGCUUUUUCCAAAUUCAUUUAUCUCUGCUAGGGCUCAGGGGUAUGGGAAAAAGUUUAUCACAAUAUAUAUUUUUUAUAUCUGUCAAUAUCGAUAUAUAUCACGAUAUAAAAAAUGUCGUUUAACGGUGCUUAUUGGUAGCAUGUCUUUUGCAAUACAAUAAGCUACUGCAUCUGUGAGGUCUUUGUAUCUCCACGACUUUUUGUUGUAAGGCGUUGCGCUAGAGAAAGUGGACUGAAUGGUCGGCUGUUUUGGCUGCACAGGUGCCAUUGGCUCUUUGCUCAAUUCGGGGUUUGUGACCUUUUGCAUUGCAAAUGCUCUGUCGCAUGGCACUGCUUCAGGUGGUGAAAAAGAUUUGAGGUAUUCCCUGACUUUGCAAGAACAUGUACUCGACAUAACUUGUAGUGCACAUUACUCUGCUACAUGUCCGACCUCAAAAAACCAAAACACCUCCACACCACCGACGUUUUUGUGUCAGUGUUGUCGAUCAUGUCAUCAUCUGUUUAGCCUUCAUCUGCAUUUUCAGCACUCAUUUUCUUUUUUCUCACCGACAGUGCUGUCGGCCUCACAUGUCAAAGUGCUAUGGUUUUGUGUAGCUGCAGCCUGAUACUACGCAGUUGUUUUCUACCUGGUUCUAAUUCAGCACAUAAUAGUUUCAGCUUGUAGCUGACCCAAAGCAACUCCCCUUUUCAUUGGCUAUUCAUAUAGUCUACCAAAACACGGCAGAAUGCCGACUAUUGAAAAGCAUAUUGACCAUGUUUUAUAUUGAUAUCAAGGGAAAUUAAUUUUUGAUGUAUAUCGUUAUCAUUUUAUCGCCCAGCCCUACUCUCUGCUAAUACAUAGAGCUGUUUGGACUUAAAACUUCUUUGUUUAUGUGUCUGCAGAAGUACAGGUACCAGGAUGAGGAGACGCCCCCCUUGGAGCACAGUCCAGCACAUCUGGCUCCAGGGAAAAGUGCCGAGAUGCUUCAUAUGAGCGACAAGAACCUCGCUGCCAUGGAGGCCAUACAUGGCUACACACCACACACACAUAUCUCUCCUGUCAAGGUAGGACAAACACACUCUCACUCACUUAUGUACAUUGUCGAUCAAUACCUAACACUAUUACAACAGCAACACUCAGCUGUCAGCACUUAGGAGUGGGGGGUGUUACUGUGUUACAAUAAACACACGCUACCUAUUAAAGUGAACACACUGAUCGCAUUUUGCUUUACCUCUGCCAGGAGCUCACAAUUAUAUCCUUUCCACUGCUAAAUAUAUUCAGUAUGACAUCAGUUUGACCUCGUAUUCAAAUCAAUUGUGAGCCACUCUACAGCGCAAUUCCACCAGAGAAAUUCACAUUUUUGCUGCAGAUCAAAAAACACUUCUGGAACUGUACAAAUCACAGCCACCGCUGAAGUGGAUAAUUGUAUUGAUUGGAUAAUUGAAGAUGGUUAUAUUUCAAAUGAUAUCAAAAUGAUAAUACAUUAGAGAGUGGUACUAAUAUGAAAACCAGGUAUCAAAUCCCUAGACCUUUGACUAGAUAGAUUUAAAGUUACGGUAAAGUGGUUUCCUUUAUAAAAAAAAAUAAAAGACAUCACAUCCUCUUAGCUUUUAAAAGGUUUCAUUCAACUCACUCACAAGUGAUUCAUUAUCAGUACAAACACAGUUAAAGUCUAUAUAACUUCCAAUUGUGUGUCGUCCGUCAUGAGAUUUCUAUUCCACAACAUGAAUACUUUAAUGGGCAUAUAACGUAUUUAUGGAAAGUCAGCUCCAGAUACGCAUAUGUGCAUCUGGGGAAAUCUGAUAUCACCCUUAAUGUCAUCAAAACCAAAGUGAAAGUGCACAUAAGAUGCCUUGAGCAAUCUGAUCUCGUCUACAGUUACAGGAUGUGGUCAGAGAUCAAUUAAGAAUGCAUAACCAGAGCACUGAUUCCAGUGUGUGUGUUAAAACAAACUGUCUUUAUUUUGUUAGAGUUAAAAUUCUCACAACAAGGCAACCAGAGACGUUGAUUGACGUUAAAGUGGUAAUCCAGCUCAUAGAGGAGGUAUUGAACCGCUCGACUGAGACAGCCACUGUCUUACUAAAGCUUUACGUCAUGCAACUACAGGUCACGCCGUCAAAGACACAGCUGACAUCAGUAAGACGAUGAGAAGAGUCAAGUUGCAGUUUUGAGUAGUUGGUGUCAUUGGAGUAAGAUGCAUCAGGCCACAGAUGCUCUAAAUGUUGAUUUUUUGUCUUGUGACAGGAUGUGUUGACAUGUUUUUGAAAUGAUGCGUUGUAAGUCUAUAACCGCGUUGGCUCGUGCUGCUGCGAGUCUUAGCCAAGACACUCUUGUAAGCGAGGAUUUUAAUCUCAAUGAGGCUGUACUGGUUCAAUCAUUUUAAACAACUAAAUACAUAAAUAAAGUAAUGAAUAAAUCACUAAAUACAAAUGCAAGCAGGGACAAACAAUAGUACAUAUUUGAUGCCUUUUCAUUCCAUUUGCACACAUAUCUUAACAGCUGGACUGGCCAUUAGGACUUGAGAGAUCCUGUACUAUUAUUGCUUGGAUGCAGGAAUUGUUUAACUAACGUCUAAAAGGAGGUGAUAUGCCCAGUAAAAAGCUUUAUCUUUAUAAGCGGAGAACAGAGGCUGGCUUACUGUGAUCUGUGCCUGUCAUUCAAAUAUAGAGAGCUGGCUCGCUAUGAGCAGUGGCAGCUGUAGAAGAUUUGUUGGUGCAGUUUAAAAACGCUGUCAUACUGAAAGUAGUAGCACCAGCGAUCUUCCAAUUGGCUCUUGAAAACGUACAUUCAAAUUAUUACGGAGCACAGUUCACACAUCCAACUCCCACCCUAAAACCAACAGGAUACGUGUUAGUAGCGUCACGGUUUUGCUCUGACUGAGGGCGCGAACUGGCCCACUGACAGUUUGCAGUGUAGCACAGUCGAGUAUAGCCUGGAGCAGCAGGACUUAACCCCUUAAUACAGGUUACUUUGCCUUUCUUCUGUAAUAUGACAGCAGGAGUCCUUGUAUGGUGUUUUAUUUUGGAGUUAACUGGAUGGUAAAUGUCAACACUGUGUCCUGUUCAGCUUGCAUGUUGGGUGUGAGCUCCAUCUAAAAUAGACUUGAGGUGUAUCUGUAGUAGAACAGAGACAGGAGAUGCUUCCAGGACAGGGCUGAGAUUCACCACAGCCUUCUCUAUGGAAACACAAGUAACGACUAGAACAAAUACAGAUCAGCUCCAAAAUACACAGCGCUGAGGGAACAUGGGGAACACGCAACCUGUAGGUUUUAGGGGUUGAAAAGCAAAAGUUGAAAUGAUCUCAAGUUUUCAUGAACCUGAUUCUGUGGGUGUCUGUUUUCUGAUCAUAUUUUUGCCCGUCAGUUCCUAGAAGUUUGUCAGUGUUUUCACAUGAGAGUCAAGUCCAGACAUUGUCCAAACUUAACCACUUAUACGUGGAACACAGAGCAGGGGAUUGUCUGUGUUAGACUUGUCCUUCAACUAAAUACUAAUGUUUUUUUCCUCUGAUAAAGAAGAAAAAAAAACAUUAGUUUUUAUAUAACAGAUAAUAGUAUCUGCUGGGUUUAGAGGAAAGUUGAUAGAGUUAUGUCUCUCCUCCUGCUGUAGUUUGUUCUCAUCACUGAGCAUCAUGUGCAGGGGUCAGCUGCUGUCAAAACAAGGGACACUGAGGUAAAAGUUGGAGGGAAAUUUAGUUUUAGAGGAAAAAAAUAGACUAAAAAAUCCAAAUAAUAACAAUACAAUAGCACUAUUAAAGGGAUAUUCCAGUGUAAAAUUAAGUUAAUUUAGGGUCAAACACACUGUAACACCGAGUUAGACACCCCCUCAAGAGAUGAAUGUUGCUGACCGCUCACUUCUCUAGUUAUAUAGAGUUAUAUAGUUAUUAUAGCAAUACAGAGAGCCACACACUCAACCAAAACACCACUCUAUAGCCACAAAUAAUGCUAAGAACAGCACAUAACUUCAUCAACAGUACAUAUAGGGUCCUAGCCACAGUACUAGCCACCAAACAUCUGCCUGAUUUCUUUAGCAAAGAGACUAAACACAACUCACCCACAAGCAGCCGCUUGUUUGUAGCGAGACCUUGGGCGAGUCAAUUGACUGCAGAGGGGUGACGCAGCUCAAGGAAGAACAUUUAUGAUUAUUUCUUUAUCAUUUCCUUAAGUUAUAAUCAUCAUAUUAAUCAUUUUGCACUGCAGAUGUGGUAGUUCUUCUGCUUUAGCGUCUCGGUCUGAUUGCAUUUCAGUGAAGAAAUUAUCAUAAAUAAACAUAAACAAUCAUAAUAUGAGUUUUUCCAGACUCCUGCAGCACCACUUGAUUCAUACAUCAGCUAACUCAGACACUACAGUCAAUCUGUUCUUGGGCUGGCAGGGUAAAGUCCAUGAAAAGUGCACUUCACAGCCCCUUCCAGUGAUGCUCCACUCAUUCAUUUACAUUAGGGUUAAAUACAUUAACAAAUUAAGGGCGAAAAAAAUUAUCUUGCACUCUAUCCAGAUGCCACCCCUCACUCAAACCGAAAGGGUUAUUUCUAUUAGCUGAGAGAACACCUCAGGAAUGGAAAAACUUUCCAUUGUGUGCAAUGUACAUGAAAAGGGAAAGUACGGACAAUGUAGACAAGAUUUUUCAGACUAUGUUAAGAGUUCUUUUUGUCAAACCAACGUGUGAUUCAAGCAGCCGCUGUAGUCGACGAAGGUUGACAUCUACAGGGCAGCACAUGUCAAUCUUUCCCUAACAAAAUUGCAUGGGUAUUUCAGAAUGUUGCAUUGAAAUGGUUCGAAAAUGGGGUUGAAGAUGAAACUGCAUGUGUAUUCUAGUAAAUCAGCAUCAAAGCCUGAUAUUGUUCGCUUUAACAAAAUGGUAGAGUUUCUAUUCUUCCUGACCUAUCUCGCUGAUUUGAUUAAUUCUCUUUGUCCCAGCGGAGUCUGUCAUCCAGCGCAUGCAUCAAAGAGAUCAGUAAUUAUUCACAGCUGAGGGGUGGGCCAUUUAUUAUGGUGAUUGUGAGAGGGGAGACAUGCUUGCUUCACUCGUAUCCACUAUUAUGAGGUGAUUAUAAUCUGUGUAUGAGAAGUUUUAAAACGUGGUGCGUGCCCUCCAGUGGCUCACAUUCCCUUACAUGACUCAUUCAGUCAUUUCCCAGAGGCUUAUGGUGUCAGGAAAUACCUGCCAGUAUAUUUGAGGUCACAUUCAGGAAGUAGCAUAAGUUUCCAUAAUUAUAUAGCAGGAAAGUGUGUUAGCAUUAGUAAUGAGUCUAGAGACAAUUACCAUUUAAAAGUCAAGCCAGCGGUAUACUUCUUUGCAUACUUACGAAUCCCACAAAACAUCCAUCAAUGAUAAAUGUAAUCCUAAGACACUAUUCUACGAUACAGCAGCUCCUGAUUCAUGUCUAGCAACCACUGAAAACCAACAAAUAAGUUACUAGGUGACAUAUAUAUAUAUAUAUAUAUUUUUUUUUAAAUUAAAUUUCAAUUGGUAUUAUUCAUUUCUUUAUUUAUUCCUUUGCUGUUGUUCAUGUUUUAAUGUUGCUUUGUUGAUUUUAACUGAUGAUUAAUGAUUUUAAUUGUUAAUAGUGUUUUAUUAUUUUUUUUAUAUGUUCUGUAAAGUUUCCUUGAGUGACGUGAAAGGCGCUUCAAAUAAAAUGUAUUAUUAUUAUUAUUAUUAUUAUUAUUAUUAUUAUUAUUAUUAUUAUUAUUAUAUCAAUUCAAUAUGAAGGCAAUUAGUUCAUAAAGCUAAAGUCACAUUUUUGCAUUUAUGGGGUUUAAAAUCAACCCCAUCCUCCAAAAACCUUUAACAAAAAUGGAAAACAUUGUGUAUUUAUAAACGUCUUGCUGUCUUACACAGUCAUUUAGAAACUGUGUAUUUCUCGUAAAGUCAAGAUUGGCUUUAUUUACUCCUAUUGAGUUUCGAUCGUUAAAGCCUGUUUCUGCUGAGAUAACUGAGAUCUUGAUAGAAAUGUCCGAGGUACCUGUUUGUGCUUUUUAUGGAAAUAUGUGGUACUGGAAAGUAUCUGGAACCUGUUAUUUAACUUAAACAGGAUAUGAUAUUUACAGUCGACAAUUUCAGUGUGGGCAGUCUGCACUUCCGCAACAGAGUGUUUGUAGGAGGCAAACACUUCCAAGACCUUCAUUAGCCACCAGAAGAAGAUUUCUUUAAAUAAACUGGACACAAUUUCCCCCUCAGUAUGUCAAUGUCUAGUCUUUACACUGAGAAAAAAAUAUCUCACAGGCUGUUUCAUUCAGGGCUGUCCUUAUGAGGCUUAUGUCCUGAAAAUGAAAUCAGAGGAAGAAGCGCUACUGCAAUGGAUGCAUUUGCUGAAGUGAUCCACGAUAAAGAAAGGAGGAGAAUAAAAGCUAUAAGGCGGCCAUGCUGUAGAGAUUACAGAACAAAAAUCUUGACUGUAUAUAACAUACUUUAGUGACAUUAAUGAGCAGCUUCUUAUUCAUGUAGCUUCUAGCAUCUGUCUCUCUGGCCUGUGAGCUUUAUUCUUUUUAUUAAAGAUGAGAUCCAGAUGGAGGAAUCAGACAGUGCAGACUUACAUCUUACACUUCCAGAUGAAGUGCUGGUGGGUUUGUUUUACUGCACUGUGUGGGCUGAAAAUGUCUCAUGCAUCAUGCUAUUCAUACUGGCUUGUACUCCAUGUACGCCUCAUGACAUUGUGUGCUUAAAAUAAAUCCCUCUUUUAAAAAAGUAGUUUGAUAAACUCUAAAAAAAAACAGAUUUGGUGACUUCAUAAUAUUUGACUAUUUCUUCCUCCUCAAACUAUCAAAGGGAAAUGUGUGUCUGCGUCACUAUGGCAACAAAACUUUUACUUAUUUUUUUCUUAUAUUCAUGCUGUCCCAAAUAUAAUUCCAGCCAGGGACCAUUGUUGCUUAGCAUAUAAUCUUUUUGACAAGCACAAUAAGUAAGAAGCCUGAAUGCCAGUGUCUGGAGCCCUACAUUUAUUCUCCAGCUGAUAAAUGUGACACCCAGAAACUCCAAAUGUGAACUAAAAUAGAGAAUCUUUGACAGUGACAGACCUAAGAUCUUUAUGAAUAUCAUGGUGGUUUCUCUCCUGCACAAAGCGCUUUUGUCUAGAGUAAUAUGAUGUUUCAAACGAGGCUGCAAUAACAUUUUCUACAUGUCAUCCCUCCAGAUACGCUCCCUUAUGGAUGGUAAGACUUUUCUGCUCAGAUACAGAGUUUAGAAGCUUAAAUCACGACGUCCCAUCUCUUCAGCAUAGGAUAUUUGGUAACCCUUUCUUUUACGGUACACUUAUUACCAGGUAAUUAACAGGUAAUUACCUAGUAACAACAUGAAAUUAUCUGGUAAUUACAUGAUAACUACUGACUCAAUACUGUCUAGUCUUUUUUUCUGUGCAGCUCCAUUUUCAAAAGCUAUUUGGGGUUCUUAUUUUCUAUGAUUGACACUUGAUACAGCCUAUGGGCAUGCGAAGAUUGCAUAGCGAUACGCUGUUUGAGCCGAGCGUUAUCACAGCGACUCACCCGCCGAAUGCGUACAAUGCUACUGCGCAAGUGGUGGUUCCAGGAGGCGGAGAAAAUCCUGGAAAUACCAGAGCAAUUCGACUUCAAAUUUGUAUGAUGAUAGAAGGUUACCUACCUGGUAGCUAGACAGUAUUGACUUAGUAGUUAUCAUGUAAUUACCAGAUAAUUACAUGUUGUUACUAGGUACUUACCUGUUAAUUACCUGGUAAUGAGUGUACCGUAAAAGAAAGGGUUACCGGAUAUUUCAUCUAGAUUUAUCAUUCAGGUGAAAUAUUAUCGAAUCAAAACAUUGGGAUAGAAUCCAAUACUGUCUUAAAACACAAGUAUAUAUGAGAGGUGGUGGAAGAAGUUAUUUAAAUGUAAAUUAGAAACAGGUUCAUGAAAUACUGUUUUAGGUUUUUUUUUUUCUAUCCCAUGAAAGAAAGCAUGUUGAUGUUGUUCGCAGUGUUCUGGGACCCAGGGUUGGCCCUGUUUCUAUUUCUGGAAGACUGCCAUAAUUUAUGAAGUCUUGUAUUUUUCUUCAGGGACAACUGGAUACACUAUGAAAAAUAAAGGUCCGGGCUCACUUAGUUCAAAGUGAGUUGUUUGCUUGACUUUAUGACAGCGGUUUGCGGUAUUAAUGUUCAUGAAAAAAGUGUAUAAAAGUAACUCAGUCCCAGGCUGAUAGAUGGAGAGACAAACACUGCCGAGGACAUUUUGUUUUUUUCCUUCUCAGCCUUCAGUCGAUGACGUCAGUCACUCAGUCCUCUGCUAAAUCGAAGCAUGUCUGCCUGUCCGUGUAUCAUAACUUUAGAGGUUAUUCAAAGUAUCCUGUCAGUAUUGUGAUCAUGAUUUUGUAAUAAGUUAACCAGAUAAGGAGAUUGAUGAUGAUGAUGAUGGUACAUUUAUCUGGUCUUUUGCACACAGAUGAAGGGCUACAAGUGUGGGUCCCAAAGCCCAGUUUGCAUUCAGUAUUUGUACCUCCGGCUUUUUUUUUUUUUUUCAAAGUUGAGUUAUAAAUGUUUACUUAUUAUUGUUAUUUCGGUUUGAUACGUGAAACAAGGCAGCCAUUAAUUCAGCACCGGCAUAAAAUGUGACAGUGCUGCACAGUUUGAGAAAAUCAUGGUAAUUAUUGAGUUCAUUGUUAAGAACAAGGUUUUUGUCCUUGUUGCUUCAGUCACUGGUCAAAUUACCAAUCGUGACCCCUUCCUGUUCCUCUCUUCAGCCGUCCCAUCAAUAAAAGAGAAAAAAUAACUUAAAACAAAAAUCUAAAUUGCAAAAAAAUGAAUUAUGAGUAAAAAGUGGGCUUUUAUUGCACUCUGUGUAAAUGUUUUUUUUUAUUUUUUUAUCCCCAAACCAAAAUAACUGUAGUAAGCCCAGAGACAUGGCUCAGUAAUUUUCCAUUUUGAAAAUAAGACAUGUGAUAGAUGAAUAUCAGCCACAGAAAUCAUCAAAUGCCAAAUUAUUUGCCAAAAGGCAAAUUGUCAGUCAUGCACAGUCGCUGUAGUCCUUGAAAUGGACAGCCUAGAAUUGAUUCCAACCUAUUAUUUCUCACUACUAGACAUUUCCCACUACCUCUCUCAAACUCUCUCCUACUCCAUCUGCUGUUGUGCCUCUAAAAUAAAGAAACAAAAACCCCAAAACAACUGAAAAGAAGACAUUUACAGUUAUUGGACAGUAAUAUUGAACAUUUUAAGUCUAGCGUCAACUUUUAACGUUUGCAAAUCCAUUCAUGAUUUUAAAAACAUGUGAGUUGUUGAUCUAUUUAGGUUGUACAUCUUCAUAAUUCAGUAUCAAAGAGUUAAUUUGCCACAGAAGUUAUUCUUCAAUAUUCCAAAGUCAUCUAGAAAACCCACUUUUGGUUUCUGUUAAGGGUACUGGGCCAGUGCUAAUUUCUGAGUUUAUGAAAUGGGAGCCCCUGUAGCCAUCAGUUACUCCCUACAGUAAAACCAUGCCUGAAGAUGAGAUAAACCCCAAAUAAACCUUUAUUACUGUGUUUUAUAUACUGUGGGGAAAUUUGCAAUGAUGGUCUUAAUGCUGGUCCUAAUGUGACGUUUCAGUUUCACAACCCUGUUCACUGCCAUGUACUACAUUAUUAUGUGACUUGAUGGACACCCUGGCUGCACUAAUCCCAUAUUUCUCUUUGACACAUUUUUAUUAGAUGUAUGUUUUUCCUUCUCUUUUACCACGACACAAAGCCCCCUCCUAUCCCUGUCUGCUUGCUUUGUCUGGGCCUGACAGAGGAAAGGUUAAGAGGGGGGAUAAAACUUGUUUAACUGCAAGAGAAAUCCCAAAUUGCGGUUGUGUGCUUAAAUAAACUAGAGCUGCUGGUGUGCUGUUAAACAAGCAGUGAGCCCAAAAUAUCUCCUGUGUAGUCAUGAUUAAUAAGUCAUGUUCAUAUGAGGACAGACAGGUGACCCGAAUAUAAGAUGCGCCUGAUUUUAAGACGACCCCUCCCACCCAAUUUUUAGAUAAAGACAUUUGAAGACCAAAUCUUUUUUUUUUCAGAAGGAAGUAGCUUUAAAUAAGAAUAGUAAUAAAACUGACGCACAAAAUGACAUCUUCAAAUAAAAAAAUAAAAAAACAUUUUCAGUGUCUUAAAGUGAAGCUAUUACAGUUAAAUUAAAUAACUGCGUAAAUGAAGCCCCCACAUAUAAGUGCACUAAAGGAGCUCAGGUCUACUGAUAGGAUGAUGACAUUCAAAACAGUUUUUAGUGAGAGGGGUGAGUCAUAGUCAGUGAAUGUAUUUACAUGUGAUCUCUUACAUUUUCUAACACCUGCAUAUAAUACCACCACUGCAUAAAGAACACAGUGAUAUUAUCCAGUCCUCCUGUAAAUAUCAGCAUCAGCAUGAAUCCACCUCUCAGGUAGAUGAACAAAUACAGCUGUUCCAACAUUCAUGAGCUCUGAUGACGGAUGUGAGAGCGUCUUAACAUGUGGAAAUGCUGCACUGCUGUGAGCUGUAAAAUGAAGAGGCAGCUUUAGUUGUGCAGAGUGAAAAAGUCUGGUUUAAAGUCUGCAGAAAUGAAAAUCUUACCUUUUCUUUUUUUGAUGCAUUUUCUAAGAAGUGUUUUUUUUUUUUUUUUUUUUUGGUUGUUUUUGUUAUCAAUGUAAUAUGAUCCAUAUCAGAAAAAGGGUGAAUUCCUCACAGGUGUAUGUUACCUUACAUCUUCAAAUAAGGAAUCGACGAUGUAAGCUGCAAAGGUUUAACUUUUAUACCUUCAGUCUAGUCAGCACUUUUUGUAUUCUGUCUCAAAGAAAUUCUCAGUUUUGUUAAUUGCAUGUUUGUUAUGUCUAAAACAUCGAGGUGUAAUUUUAGUAACCCUGUUAAACUGUCAUUAGCAGAGUGUAAAGUAUGAGCUUAGCACAGUUCUCAUUAAUGAUGUAUUUCAGUGUGAAUAUUUCAGUGUAAUAGUCAUGUAACCUGGUUUUGGUGAGUCUGGGCUACGAUGCCAGAAUGUUUCAUGAAUUAACUUGUCAGCUUCCUCUCUGAUAAAUAAAGAAAGAGGACAAAGUGGUGCCCAUUGUUCUUCCCCCUGUACCCUACGGCAUGCCCUGCACAAUUACCCUCUCCCUUCUGUUGUUUUGCAGCCUGUGUUGAUGUCUACGGGACACACUCCAAUGUACACCUCCGCUGUUUCCACACUGGUAAGAGCGCAGCGAUCCGUGCUGCUCCAUCACCCUGAAACUUACCGGCAGUACCAUCAUCAUUCAUCAUCAUCAUCAGUCUGAUUUGUGUCCUCAUUCCCCGUCUUUGCUGGAUUUGGUGUUACCUAAAGUUUUGCUUUCUUAAUUCAAACAGACAUCUGCCCGUUCAACGCCAUCUUAUCUGUGCUGCCAGAGUAUGAGAUCAUCUGUUUUUCCGAUGAUAUCAGUGUGCUCAUACUCGUUGUCAUUCAAAUCUCCUUUGACGGAUGGUUCUGCUUGCACUGAUGACUAUUUCUGGGUUCUCAAAUCACUAAAUCGGAACUGAUAAGUUUAGGAUUUUUUGGUAGAAUACCUUGUUGUAUGUAUUUAAAAUUUGUCUUAAAAAUGAAGUUCCUUCUGCUACUUCACACUGUGAAUCAUAUUCCAGUGUGAAAAAUAAAAUCAGCAUUAAAAAAAUACUGAAUUUAAGCUGAAAUUUGUAAACCAGAGGGAAAGUGUUGAUAAUAUAAUGGGACUUGAGUAAAAUUGAACUUUUAAGAAUGUGUUUAACUGUUAAAAGGUAAAGUGGCUUUUGGGAAAAGACAGAUGAUGCCUAUUUGCAGGACAGACUGAAGCCUGUAGGUGUCAGUGUUGGACUGUGCACAUUGGUUUUCAUGACACUGACAAAGCAUUCUCUUCUUUUUAGUAAAAUAAUAAUUUUUAACAGACAGAAACAAUAUUGUGUUUUAUCUAUUCCUGAAGAGAUGUUUGUUUUUGAUCAUGAUAUAACAAUUAAAGUAAAUGCAAAUUAUUGAAUCACCCUUUAAUGCCUUUUGUAUCAUAUUUGAAACAUACUUUUAUAUACUUCCAUCAAAUCAAUAUGAUCAACAAAUUACUAAAAAAAAAACCUGAAUACAGUCUGAUAAAUUAUAAAAAUGUCCUCUUGUAGUUUAUUAGUUUCUGAAAACAUCUAAUGUAUCAAACGAGAUCAAUAAAUAUGUUUGUUAAAUAUUAAGGGCAUUUUGAUUUUUUUGGUUUUUUAGUAGUAAGUGAAAUAAACAUUUAAUCUCCAAAAAAUUUGGAUUCUCUGGCCAUAAUUUGUGGUUUCAAGCAUUUAAGGCCAAAAAAAUUAUCGCUUAUAGGCAUCAAUGAAAAAAAAAAAGAAAAGAAAAGUCUGCAUCCAAAGCUUGUCAGAAGUUUAAUUAAGAUUCUUUUUUAAAGAUAAAAGACAGGGUCAUUAGAAGGAGUGGACCAUAAAGCGUGGCUCUGUCUCUGCUGAUGAGUAGUUACUCCUGUAACUAUGCAUCAUUUCUUGUCUCAGCCUGCUCGCCCUGACCUUGAACGCACCCUGUUUAAUGGUGCCUGAUUAUAAUCAGACUGUUAAACAUAUGGGAGAUUCUGCACCCUUCAGCGAAACACACUCGUGUUCAUUCUUCACACUGGUUAUAUCAGAGUUUGAACUGUCUCGAAGAUGCACUGCAAUAUUGCUUCGUGUGUCUGUGCGUGUGCAUGUGCGUGCCCGUGUGGUUGUCAUUGAUGUGUAGUUGGUGUCGUCAGUCUGUCUCUUUAUUGCUUUAAUGGUGUGGGGUUUGCCAGUACCACUCUGGGCCCCACUGAUUUAUGAGUAUGAUUGUCUCUGGAAGCACUGCAAUGGUUUGGCAAAGUAAGAGAAGGUCUUUGGGUUAUGUCCAUGAUUUAGCAAAGAGGCGCUUUAGCUCCAAAUCAAUUUUUCUUAAUUUAUAGGGUAAUGUAAUUAGAAAUGAUUUUUAUUUUCCACACUGCGCAGAACUUUUGUUAUUGAUCACAGCCCACAUUAAUUCAACUUCAUAUCUCAUACACUUUGUAUGACUCUGUAAGCCCAAAGUCUUCCUGUUAUUAUGGGCAGUGAUACUACUUACUGGUCUCACUGCUGCGAUUACACUGAAAUGUCAUCUUUUGUAUUUAACUCAAACACAAGAUCCACAGAAGUGUUUAUAUUUGUUUACAUUUAUAUUCAUGUAAAUAAUUAAGCACAAGAGGAAUAAUCCCAUUUCCUGUUAUUUAAAAAAUAAAGUUAACAAAAAGAUCUUUAAAAUGGAUGUUUACAAAAACCUCCUCAAAGCUAAUGAGCCUAAGGUCUUGAACCACCAGUGUUGCAGAUAUUUCCCCAGCUUUGCAGUGAAUCCCAAAGGCAUCUAAUUAUUGAGCAAAGCCUGGCUGAAUUCAUUUUUCAGGAUACUUUCAUAUUUUUCACAUAAAUUUCACAUCGACACAUAAAAGCAGACUUGCCUGAGCGCGCUGGUGUGCGACUCUGUUAACUCACUCAGAGGCAGGGCUUGAACUUCUUCCCCUGACAGGGAUCUGUCGUACAGUUUUCUCAAGGAAAGUGUUUUUCUGGUGCAUAAGGUACAUUUAUCUGACGGGAACAGAGUUAUUGAACUGCAAACGUCACGCAACACAUUUGCCAUUUAUUUUUUAUUGGACAAGCGAGGAGUGAGGACUAGCAGACCUAGUUUAUCUUUAAUUUUCCCUCACAUAUCAAAGAUCACUGUCUCUCCUUCUCCAACCAUAGACGUGUUCCCAUAUAUAAUCCUCUCAUUCAACUACAAAACACCUCUGUGCUGCUUUUGACACUCAAUGUGGCGAUCCUUUUCAACGUAAGGAUUCAAUUACAGUUUUCCAUCGUGUUUCCCUUAUCCUGUCCCUUUUCUGCUCUGCACUCUUGUCUGCUUUGUAUCUGGUUUCUAUCUUCAUUCUCUCCGUCCUCCUCACUUUUCUUUAAUAAAUGUUUAAAUAUCUCCCUGCAGCUUCGGUGUAAUUACAGUGGAGCAGCAGCUCAGGUCCUUUGGGAAGGAGUGGUGGGAGAGAAAGAGGAAAAAAAAAUAUACGCAUGCAAAAAGAGGAGAGAGAGAGAGCGCGCUGUUCAUGCUAGAUGUCAGAGUGAGACUGAUAGAGAGGGCCUUGUAAUAUGAAGGGUGAGAAAAUGAGAUAGAUAGACCAAGGACUUUUUAUUUAACAAAGUGAGAACGUCAGCUGACAGCUCGUCCUUCAACGCGUCCUUACAUAAGUCCGCUCAGUGUGCAGGCUUAUGUUUGUGUGUUUUCUGGGUGCAUGUUAAUGACAGGUCUGCUGAUGCAUCUGUCAUUCAAAGAGAAAGGCAGAUCUUUACAAGAAGACUGCUCUUUUCCUGGUUCUUAUUUCUCUAAAGGGUAAUAAUGAAGUUUUGGUCAAAGACAUACUCUAUAGCAGUGGUUCUCAUAUCCAGUCAAGUGGAUGUUUCCCUGCUUCAACACACCUGAUUCAAAUCAUAAGCUCGUUAUCAAGCUCUGGAAUGGCUUAAUAACGAGCUGAUCAUUUGAAUCAGGUGUGUUGGAGCAGGGAAACAUCCAAAACAUGCAGGACGGGGGGGCUUGAGGACUGGAUUUGAGAACCACUGCUCUAUAGCAAACAAUACUACUAAAUUUUAAUUUAAGCACUGAGUCCUCUCCUUUACCCUCACUUUAAAUCAAGUGUUUUUCUGUCCAUGGUGCUGAACUCAUUGGCAGCAGACAGUCUCUAUGUGAAUAACAGUCCUUGUGAAGGGGUGAGACCAAUAGUACCUCAAAACAUCUGUUCGUGAUAAGGAAGGGGUUCAGUAAUAACAAUUUUUGAAUGAGAAAUUGUGCAAAAAAAAUUGAUCCUUGCAUUAUAUUGUGAAAGCAGUCUGAUUUGCCGGAUGUGACUGUAUCGUCAUUUUAAUCUUCAGGUACCUUAGAAGUAAAUAAGUAGAAGAAAAGGACACAGAUGGCUAACUAUAAAGAUCUGAUGUCAAGCUACACUUGAUCAGCCUUUCUGCCAAUAACGUGUUUAGCCAACAGCUUCUCAGUUUCAAGUGCUCCUUGAGAGAAGUCAGGCCAGUUCGCUUGUCCUUCCAAGUUCAGCCAAAGUAUAAUUCCUCCCACUCGAACACAGCCAGCGCAGACAUUACACGGAGAGACAGUUAAGUAAUUGCCAUCAAACUUCCCUGCCCGCUCCUCUUUCUCUGAGAGACGGAGGUGGGAGGGGUACAGUAGCAGCUGAAAAUAUGAACUGCGUUCUUGCUGAGCACAGACCAGCAGCAGCAGGGAGGCACCGCUAUCGUAGUCCACUGCUACAGAUGAUGACGACUGAAAGGAUCUGUUUGUGACUGUGAAUUCUCCUUUCAACUCUGGAUGGGUGAUUUCAGACGACAGGAUGGCUUCGCUUCCUAUUCUGACAUGCCUUGACAGCAAUGAGUGAUUUUUGUCACUGGAUUUCUGCUUUGGAGGACGUGUAGGGACUCUUCAAAUGAAACGACAGCAUGAAGAAUUCACCAAUUAGGCUGUUCUCUCUGUGAUUUUAUAAAACCGUUUGUCUUAAAAGGUGUCACGUCUAGAGCCGACUCUUCGAGUGAGAGGAAUGCAAAGCUAAAAGGGCGUGUGUUUCUCGAAAAAGUAAUCUCUGUCAAUUUGGGCGAUCUGGAUGCUCUGUGGUUUUGUUAUGGCAGGUCGUGGACCAAAUGGCACUCUUUGCAAUAAUGCUGUCGCGGUGGUACUGCUGAGAAGGCACUUUAACUCUCACAGACACACGCUUGGUGGGUGUGUGUGUAAUUUUGAGGAGUGAGUAGGGUUUGCUCAAAGUAUUAAGCCUGGUUUGACUUUCAUCAGUGGAGCAGGAUGUUUAUGUCUGUAUGGUACGCCAAAAAGAUGGGCAGCCGGUUCCUCAGCAAUGUUCGGAAAGCCAAGUAUCAUCGACAUCAUAGGCUGGUAAGCGUGUUUUCAACAUGUACACUCUAUUGGAAAUCUACAGAAUACAUUUGUACUCAGGGCAUUGAGAAAAAGCCCAUUGAGAGGAUUAUUAGUAAUGUUUUUAAUGUACUAAGACUUGUUAUUGUUUAUCCGGGCAGUUCAGAAAACCCAGGACCAGGAAACCGCCCACAAUAGAUAUUUUAAUCACAGUCAGCCUGAGUAAUCACAUCUACUAAAACUGAUGCAGUCUUGCCCGGGCUGUAUGUGUGUGUCUGCAGGUAUAGAUGUGUGUGAGUUCUCCUCUAAUGGUGUCUUUCGUCAGCAUAACACUCCAACAAACUGGGAGCUGUAGGCACCCACUGACUCCAUAUCACCACAGCCCACGCAUACAAGUGUGCAACCACAUCCUGCUGCGCUGUACAGAUGAAAUGUGGGAUGUAAUAAGGAGCCAAUAAGUGAGCAAUUUGCAUAAUGUGGCGUCCAAAUUAACCUCUGUCACAUCAUGCACUUCAACCCACACAUGAGCGCAGAGGCAGCUAAAUCACCAGCCAUUCAACCUGAUGCACAGAAAUCAGAGCUACACGUCGUGAAACACUCCACAGAAGUCUUCUCAUUUCCAUUUCUUUAACAGCUCUGCACAGCGCUAAAGGAGAGGGGCAGCCAGGAUCAGUUUUACAAGCUGAACCCUUUUCUCUCUUGAACAAGAGGAGCAGCACGUACUCUUAGUAUAGGCAAUAUGCACGAUGCUUGCCAAAAAUGCCGGAAACUUUUCUUUUCUUUGACAUUGCAUAUAUUUUAGUAUGGGUUAGCAGCUUUCCCUCUGCUGCUGCUGCUCUAUAGGUAUGCAGUACAUGCAGUAUUGCUUAUCUAAUAUCACCUCAGGCUCCUCUCCAGUGCGAGCUCACACAACUCCUUAAAGUAAUUUUGCAAAGACAGGUGAUUUUCAGUAUCAUCUGCUUUACUGUAAUCUUUCUGCAGUAAAUGUCUGUUAGACUAAAGGGAGUGAGAGCAUGUGAAGAACGCAUGGUGAGCAUCAGACCAAUAUGUGUUUUCAGGUACACACACACACACAAGGCAGCUUGGUCAAAGGUCUGGAUGUGUCGAAAAGUGAUUGCUCAGAUAUUUGCUAGAGGUUGAAAAGUUCCUGUUGUGAAACUGAUUAUACGAAGAUUUUAUUUACGACUCAAAUAAGGAGAAGAAAUUGAUUCAGACACACUGAUUCAUGCUGCUCUUUUCAAAAUCAGAAAACAGUGAAAAUGUUGAGAUCAGUGUGAACAGAACGGCUAAAAUACGUCUCAUUUUCCUUUGAAUAUGCAUUUUCUGGUAUCUAGUGUGCUGCAUUUAAAUCCAUAAAGAAAGAAAGAAAGGUCUGGUUUGGGUGUGGAUGGAGGUUUGUGCUGCCUUAUUGACGGCUAAGCCAAGAGUCGUUGCUAAAUUAUAGGUGGGCAAGAGGAGUCAAACUGUGUAAAUCCUAACAACUCUGACGUCAAAAGACUUGACAGACUCAACAAGAGCAGGAGAGGGCUCUGUCAAAAGUCCCUGCAGGGGAGACAGGCCUGCUCUGGGCUUACAUUUCUGCUGGCUACACUCAUUAUUUUUGUUUCUGGAUGAGGAUGAAGCUGAAGUAAUGCUCAGCAGCACAGGCUGUUGGACACAGCCAAAUGGUAAAGCUGUACCCAAGCUGUUAUAACAGAACAACAAGAAUUAAAGAGAGAGACAGACAGAGAGAGAGAGAGAGAGAGAAUUUGUGGAUCAGUAUUUGCUCUUUUGAAUUAAUAUGAUUUAUCUUGCUUGAUAAUGACGACAGGCCAUGAAACAUCCAACAGUGGUGGUGUGUGGAAAAAAAAAUGACUUUAAUUUUUUAUGUUAAAACAAAAAUAUAGGAAAUAUUGACUCAUUCUAGAAAUGUGAUGUCAGGGUAAUGCAAUACUGUUCAAAAACUGCACCCAUCCCUUCCUUGUCUCCCCAUAGCAUACAGCAGAAAAAUCAGCAUUGAAACCUAAAAAGGAUUUGUUUGACAGUGGGAUCAGUCUGCCUAGUUUUAGUAAGGAGUGGGUUAUACACCUGAAACUGUUUGUUUGUUGACUUGAAUCAAAUACACAUUGAUGUAGUAAAAACUGAUCUUUUCUCCUCUCUCUCUCUCUGAUAAGCUCUUAGCUCUCUCAGAGUUAACAGGCCGAGAGUAAAAAAUAACUCUCUGGUCAGGAGAGUGAGAAUUUCUUUACAGCUGAAAAUGUGUUCAGUUGUGUGGCUGCGUAGUUAUUUGUGCGUGUCGGAGCUGUCGGGUCUGUGAAGGUCAGCGGGCUGAUUUUAUGCUGCUGGUUGCAGUUCUGUAAGCACUUUUGAUGCGGAGGUCUUUCCCAUGCUAAUCAGCGUGGCGCAGCACAGUGACAGGAAUAAAUACAGGAAUGCCAUUGGGGAAAUCAGGCGGCGUUCUCCAAAGACUACAGUACAUAAUGAUUGUGUUUACAUCGGCCAACAUCAGACGACUUGAUGAUGAAAGUGGAUCCUUGAAAGCGUGAGGAUGUAUUCAAGACAAAUUGCAUUAAGAGGAGAAAAAUCAAAACAGCUUGUAGAGGUUCACUGUCAUACUUCAGAUGAGGAAAACCCCAGUGGGUGAACCAAAAUUACAUCAAUGCUGUUAAACGCUGUCCUGCCACUCUCUCUUUCUUUACAAGGCUUUUGAUGUAUCAUUUCAUUCUGCUUUACCCUGAUGUUACAUAAAUCUAUGCAUCUUACGUUCUGGGACAUGACAGUCACUGAUAGUAUCAAAGACACAACGCUUUUCUGUCGUCGCCUUCUUCUUUUCUCAAUACUUCAAGUGGGUUGGAAGAUGUACCAUGUGCUGUCAGUGGAUCUGCUCAUGAAUCACCAGGGGAUUUUUUUUUGGAAACAACUGAGGGGUUGAUGCUCGUAACAACCAUUGUCACUAGAUUCAGGCGAAACUUUAAAGGGAUAUUCCGGCGUAAAAUUAAUUUAGGGUCAAACACACCGUAACACAGAGUUAGAAACUCCGUCAAGAGAUGAAUGCUGCCGACUGCUUGCUUUUCUAUUUAUGCCAACUUUAGUAGCAACCGCAAGAUAGCAAUACACAGCGGCCUGAGGAGCCAUAAACAAACCUCAACAAAAACGCCACUCUAUAGCCACAAAUAAUGCUCAGAACAGCACCUAACUUCAUCAACAGUACAUAUAGGGUCCCAGCCAUAGUACUAGCCACCAAACAUCUUUUUAACUUUGCCUAAUUUCUUUAGCAAAGAGACUAAACACAACUCACCUACUCUCUUCCAGCAGCUGCGUGUUUGUACAGAGACCUCCGGCCAGUCCAUUACGGACUAUAGCGGGGUGACGCAGCUCAAGGAAGAACAUUUAUGAUCAUUUCUUCAUGGCAAUGCAAUCAGACUGAGACGCUAAUGCAGAAGAACUACCGCAUCUGCCGUGCAAAAUGAUUAAUAUGGUGAUUAUUACAUCAAGGAAAUGAUAAAGAAAUGAUCAAAAAUGUUCUUCCUUGAGCUGUGUCACCCCACUGCAUACUGUAAUGGACUGACCUGAGGUUUCGCUACAAACAAGCGACUGCUGGAAGAGAGUAGGUGAGUUGUGUUUAGUCUCUUUUUUAAAAAAGAUGUUAGGUGCUGUUCUGAGCAUUAUUUGUGGCUAUAGAGUGGCAUUUUAGUUGAGGUGUGCGCGUGGAUCCAUAGACCGCUGUGUAUUGCUAUCGCACAAUCAUUACUAAAGUUGGUAUAACUAGAGAAGCAAGUGGUCGGCAACAUUCAUCUCUUGACGGGGUGUCUAACUUGGUGUUACGGUGUGUUUGACCAUAACUUAAUUUUACGCCAGAAUAUCCCUUUAAUCUAACCAAAAGCUUUAAUCAAACAAACCAAAGAUGAAGAGUUAAAAACCAGAGGGGCUGACAUGAUUUAUUCCUGUGUCCAUCUAGGGUGGAAAACAGCAAAUGGCUCUUCAGUAGCACUCUAUCCCUCAGCCGUAGUGACAACCAUAGCAGAAUGAGAAUAGUGUAAUCGUGGUUAAGAGCUGAAAUGGCUCUUGGCUGUGACUGAACAUUUCAGGGACAUAUUGAGAGCUUGUCCAGGAGCUGCCUCAUCUUUGAGUUUCUGCCAUCAUUUAUUAAUACUGUUUCUUCUCUCUCUGCCUCCAGGGAAAUACUCCUCCAGUGGUGGUGAACACUGACACGCUCGAUGGCUCCCCAUAUGUAAGGAUUAUGUUUAAUCUUUCCUUUAUUGUAUUAUUAUGUUCGGCUAAAUCACAUGACUAACUCAACUGCCUAUACUCAGUCUGCGUUGUCAGUAAUUUUGCUCCUUUUCUCAGCAAUUACAGUACGCCUUUGCCCAUUGUUUCAGUCUCGAUGAUAACAUAGGUUCAUUUUUAGUCCUUAUCAAUUCAAAUCAGAUUGUCUUGUUCUAUGUUUGUUAUAAAAAAAGAUAAGAUUUGUGUUUCUUUAAACCUUUAACAUAGUUUGCGAAUUGUAAAGGAUGAGAGAAUGAAGCUUCUUAGUGAAAAACCUCACAUCUCAGAGCAGCAUUUUUUUGCACCACUACAGCAGUAAGUAAAGUUGUUUUCUAGGUCAGCACCAAAAAACUGUGGGGCCCGAAGUUCUUUAAAUUCCCUCUUCCUCCGAGACUUGCUUAAUUGCAGAAGUAAAGCUGAUGUGUAGAUAAUUUUUUAAAGCCAGGAGGGCUGCUCUGAAAUAAAAGAAUGGCGUGUAAGCUACCAUGCAGGCACAACAACAGUCAACAAAUACAAUAUGUCUUAAUUGAAGGUAAUGUGAAUCUAAUUUGAUGUCAAAACUAAGCAUUGCUCGAAGGAUUCUGCUUAGAAAGAUGACGAUGCUGCUGUGUUCAUUAACUACAACUUCAAAUAGACAAUAUUGUUACAUACACACACAAGCCGCCAGAGCAGCUGAUGGGCACGACUUUAAACAACCAGACGACAGGUUGUAAUAUUCACAGACACAUGCACAUUUAUUUGAAUUGCAAAUUACAGCCUUUAAUGUAGUUAUAUAAUUUCAAACUAACAUUGCCACUGCAGGGAUUAGAUUGAUCUUGCAGCGUUAUUUCCUUGUGAUGUUUAAAUGGAUGGAAUAUCCAAUAGGACGAAAUAUUCUCAAAAUGCCACAAUAAACUGACACUCUCACCUGACAGGUGAAUGGAACAGAAGGGGAAAUCGAGUAUGAGGAAAUCACACUGGAGAGAGUGAGUGUGAGAGCAAGUUUUUUUUUUAUUCCUUCACUUGCUUUUAAACAAUUUUAUAGCUCUUUAGUUUUUGCAAGGAGAGAGACACCCCUGACGGGAUGAAUAAUAUGUUUGUUCAUAUGUUCUCCUGCAGGGGAACUCAGGCCUUGGUUUCAGCAUAGCAGGAGGAACCGAUAACCCCCACGUGGGCGACGACCCCAGCAUCUUCAUCACCAAAAUCAUACCUGGAGGAGCGGCGGCUCAGGAUGGCAGGCUUAGGUAAGACCCCGGCCUGCAUGAAUAUCUUCAUUUUGACUUUCCAGCAACUCAGUGAUUAAGACAACCAAGGCAUCUUUCUACUAGCAAACACACAGAGAAACAUGCUCUCUCAUUUCAACAUGUCAAAGUCAAAUCAGGACAAAUCUUUUUCUUCUUUUAGUUGAAGACCUGGAAGCCUUAAAAUAUGACGUGUCUUAAACAUAUAAAAUGAUGAAGGAAAAGAGUAAUUAUUUUGUUGUUAAGCAACAGUGAGAAAGUCACUGAUCUCCCAGCAAGCAUUUCAUAGGCUGAGGCUUUUUAUCCAGUAAAGUAUUAAAAAAGAAAGUUUAAAUUGUAGCUCAGAGCUCUGUGGAUCCUUAUGAAGCCUAGUGCAACAACAUGUAGUCAUAUUGCAUUUGUUAUUGCAUUACCCUCUUAAGUGGAAAAUUACCCCUCUGAAAGAAUAAACUGCACUGCAUAUACUUGUGUCUCUGAGUUUUCCAGUAUACCAGGCUGAAUUACAAUGCAGGCAUUCUCCCGAUUCCCCUCUUUACAGCUGACCUACAAAUGUCCAUCUCAAAUGACUGCAAAGUUUAAAGUAGGCCUGGAGAGAACAUGUUUGCCUGCAUGCAGAGUUUUCUCCGCAGUCUUCACUAUCUGCUAUAAGCAACAUAACAUCAGUAUCUUGAGGAAACACUCAAAAGUCAAAACAUGUGCUCACCAAAUCAUGUGUUGUCUUUAAAGCCCUACAGAACCAGACAAUAGCUGCUCUAAAAUUCAUGUUGUUUCAGAUGAUUUGCAAUCUCUGCAGGAUGAUUCAACCACUGAAAGAUUCUGUCAGGCUAAUUCCUCCGUACUGAAUGACUCAAUCACAUCUGUGAUUUAUAGAAAACAUCCUUGAAGAACAAAGAACAGACUGAAGAACCUCUUGCUGUUUAUGAUAUUGUGGUUUAGUGGUUGAGAAGCUGAUUCAGAACAUGUUCUACAGUAUGUACAAACAUUAUCUUUGAGCGGUUGAUGACUUACCUACAAAUCCCAGUGAGCAGAGUGGCACAAAAUAAAAAAAAACUCUAAAUAGUGGCAGAGAAAGUUGCACCAGAGUUAAGAUAUCCUCUCACUUGAACAAACAUGCACUUUACUUGUAUGAACAUUUUGCCACAUCGAACCAUGUGUACUACAGUAUGAAAGAUCCCCCUGAUGCAGCUGAGUAACUGGUUGCAGUUUAAAAAGCUGAAGGCCGCCAGAACGAAAUCUGAGUGCAGAAAAGAUGUGAUUCAGGGGUGGACGACUAGUUUCAAAGACCUAUGACUGGACUGGUUGUGAAGAAAGUGGAAGUGAAGAGCGAAGUGGAGGAGUUUCAAAUAGAGCAGGACAAAUCGUUCAAACAUAGCACUUGCAAUAUUUUUAUGUACAAUGGCCACAACACAGGACACACAAUUUCAGUCAUGUAACCUGCAACACUUUAUAUUAGAUCAAGCUGCUAAUCGAACAAACACACUGCUAAACAAAUGUGAUCAAAGAGUGUUGGUAUGCAGCCUCUACACCUGCAGGGCACCUAUGUUGUAGUGAUGCUAAAAUCACACGCAGAAAAAAAUAAGGUAUUUAUUUGAUUUUGUUAAUAUAGAGGGGUUUAUGACAGAGAUUAAACAUACUUUUAGACAUUUAGACAAAUGAUUGAUGACUUCUAAAUUCAAAUUCAAAUUUAUUUUAUUUGUAUAGCACUUUUCAUACAUAGGAGUAGCACAAAGUCAAUCAAUUACUUUUAUUAGCUGCCUUACAUUCAUGGGAAAAAAGGGUGUUGCUCCCUGCUGUCUUCUCCUCUUGUCUCUCUACUUCUCCACAGGUAUGACUGUGUUACAUACAUUUACAUUUUUAUAGUUACUUAAAAUGAACCGUAUCUAUCUGUUACCAUUAAAUUCCUUUUUUUUACAUCCUAAUAUAUAUUGCAGAGAGGAAAAAUAUCCCAUGAUUAUUCUUUUUUAUAUCAUGCAGCUAUCCAGCUAAAAAGGCAGCACACAGCCAGAGGAGAGAACUAAGCAGUCAUAAAAUUUAACUACAAUUGGAUGUGUAGGUUUUAAAGGCUGUUGCAAAUCUGACUGGUUUAACUUAACACGUACGGGGAAGACACUCAGGCUGCUAACUAAAUAUGAGACUAGGACAUCAGGACAGAGAAAUAGCAUGUAAAUAUGAUUAAUGUCAGUAUUAAUAUAAAAAAAUUUGUACGACAGGAAAUUUGAGGAAAUCUGUGACAUAAAAACAAGAAAGAAAACAUGAAGACAGCUUCCAGGUCAAACUUGUCAGAAAUUCAUGUGUUCACCUCUUGCAUCUCUCAAGAAUUGUUAUUUUGUUCAUAUAAAAUUUUACACACUUAGCUGUAAAAUCUAUUUUAAACACAAGAAUGAGGAGGCGAUAAGUGGAGGUUUUAGGCACUUUGAAGGAGCGCGUUACCUUUCACACACGGGCUCACUUACACGUUAUAAACCAAUUGCUUAUCAUUGCCCAGAACAGGUCACACACAAAUAGAGGUAUACAGUAGAUUACCCUUCCACAAGAUCAAUAGUCAGGGGAGGGGGUUAAAACCAUCUUUGACAUUGGAUCCUGAGAGGAGGAGGGACAGACCAGAUGUCUGUUUUGAAACUGAUCCAGAGUUUAGCCAUGGCGAAGGAAUGACCAGCCCCCCCGACCCAAACAAACCUCUAUCUCUGUUUUCUCUUCGGUCUGUUUCUUAGUGUGAACGACUGCAUCCUGUUUGUGAACGAUGUAGACGUAAGAGAGGUGACACACAGCCAAGCUGUUGAGGCUCUAAAGGAGGCAGGUGCUAUCGUCCGCCUUUAUGUUCUCCGUAGAAAACCAGCAGCAGAGAAAGUCACCGAAAUCAAACUCAUCAAAGGGCCUAAAGGUGAGUGGGAGUGUGUGGACCAUUUCGUGUGAGCUUGGGGAAACCAUACACCCAACCAAGCUGUGCCCUCUUCUGCUCCGUGUUAACCCUUAGUUUGUUUGCUCCCUCUCUCAUCACUCUCUCUUUUUCCAGGAUUAGGUUUCAGCAUUGCUGGAGGGGUGGGGAACCAGCACAUACCAGGAGACAACAGUAUCUAUGUCACCAAGAUCAUUGAGGGCGGUGCAGCUCAUAAAGAUGGGCGUCUGCAGAUCGGGGACAAGAUCUUAGCGGUUGGUCGCUCAACUGUAAUAACAGCUACCAUGCAGAUUUACAAACACAUCUCAGAUGACCUCAGACUCUCACAGUUUAAAGACACAAAUAAUUACAGAUAUUCACACUUUAACAUUUUUGUAUAUGAGCAGCCAAGACAUCCCCACUGUAAUCACCAUGGCUUUCAAUUACUGCCAUAAGAUGAUGACAGAUAUGCAGGAUGGGAGAAAUGUUGUAGUUGUUGGAAAAUGUUGUAACGCCUCAAGAAUUCUCAAGGAGCAAUCCUGCCAUCUGCUGGAGAACAGAGGGAGUGUAACAAGGCAGCUCUUGGCAGGCUCGAUACCAGCAACCUUAAAAUGGUGCUUGGUUCCCACUAAAUGGUGUCUGUGGAAAGGCUUUACUUCAGAGCGGUACAUGUCGAAAGGCCUUUGGUCCUGUCUUUAACUCAAAGACAGAUCAUCAGCAACUUGACAGAUAACUUGUGAUAAUGCUCUUUUUUCGUAACCAUACUACAAAGAGAUAGCCAAGAGUGGAAAUGGGCAAAAUACCUCAAAAGGAUUUCAAUUCAGCGGGGACCCUUCCUGUUCUUCAAAUUCAAGAGCUUUUCAGUGAAUCAAAUUUUUAUUUAGACCACUGAAAUACUGAUUUAAAUAGCUUGGAUCAUGUAGUCUGUUUAUAUUUCAUCUGGUCUGAUUCAUUCUUGGCAAUUUUUAUGUUUCUCUACCAGAAAAUACAUUUUUCUUUCAUCAUCACACAACACAUCUGAUAGCCAAAAUUUUAAUCACAAUUAUUUUGAUCGAUGUUGAGAUCACGAUGGUCAAUCAACAGUGUGUUGCUUAUUCUAAAAUCACCUUUAUCAUGUGUGUCAUCUGCUGCCAAUGCAGGACUGUGACUAAAAAGUCUGACCUCGCAUCUACGGUCCACACUGGCUGCAAACUUUUACUCAUGUAUAGCAUUGAAGCUCGACUCUAAUAAGGACAAAAUUACGUUUAAUGAUGAAACAGUUGAACACAAAAGUUCAAAUUUUAGUAGAGUGCUUUCGUAGUGUGGUAUUAAAGUGAAAUGACUGAAUUUUUAGUGGUCAUUUUUUAAAGUUGUUGAAGAGCUGAUCCAGUGUUAUUAUCUCUGCUUACAUUAUUCAUUGUUCUCAUUAUACUUAAUAAGAGUGAAGUGGGGGAUCCUCAUGUGUUUCCCUGUUUGUGUCACAAACAACAGGUAAACAAUGUGUGUCUGGAGGAUGUGAUGCAUGAGGAUGCGGUGGGGGCUCUGAAGAACACAGCUGAGGUGGUGUACCUCAGGGUGGCCAAGCCCAACAACUUGUUCCUGACCAACUCCUACAACCCCCCAGACCUCACCAGCAGUAAGCUUCUCUCCGUGUUAAAUGAAAUGUGCACGCUUUAAGUGUCUUCGUGACGCUAGAUCAAAAUCAGACCAUUUUUCUCAUUCUCAUGAGUAAAUGAAAGACCGUGGUCAAAAACGGAGAGUGGAGAGUGUGACUUUUUUUGUCAGGAUUACCGUGGGAGUUGUGGGACAAUUAAAAGCUAUGGUGAACGAAUUCAAGGUUUAUUUUCCUCACUAAUACAUAAAGCAUAUCCUUGGCUUAAAUAUGCCUCUUGACAAGAGAGUGUCCUUGAAGCAAAAUGUCACAAAAUACUCUUUUUUUGGUCUCUCAAAGAGACGAUUCCAGGGAAUUUCUCACACAUAGCAUGAAAGAAAUCUUAUUCUUAAAGUCCUUUUUCUGAUUUCAAAGCGAUCAUUGGGAAUAAGAGAUUAUAUUCUUCUGGAAAAAAUCCUGCAUUGUAAACGAUAACUCUUGUGCUUCUGUUUCUUUUUCAGCAUAUUCUCAUAUGGAUACUGAACUCAGUCACCCCAACUAUCUUGGAUCAGAUUACCCACAAGCCCUCACUCCCACCUCACCUAGCCGGUUUUCGCCUGUUCUGCAUGGUCUGAUGGGAGAUGAUGACAUCCCCAGGUAAACAAUUAAUUAUAACUAAUUCAGCUGUACCCAGAUUUUUAUCUUGAUAUUAGCAGUAUCUGUGUUAGUAUUAGUGUUUGUACUACAUGUCUCUAGUAUAAAGUGUCAUUGAUAAUAUUAGUGUUGAACUGAGUAUAUUUUUUUCCUCAUCUUUUCCAGAGAUCCUCGCAGAGUUUUGAUCCAUCGAGGUUCCACAGGUUUGGGUUUCAACAUUGUUGGCGGCGAGGAUGGAGAGGGGAUUUUUAUCUCUUUCAUCCUGGCAGGGGGACCAGCUGACCUCAGCGGAGAGCUGCACAAGGGCGAUCAGAUCCUCAGUGUAAAGCAUCUUUUAUCUUCAUAAAGCUGUCACACGCAUUAAUACACUGUGUGUGUUCGGGCCAAGUGAUUUUUUUUUUGGUUGUAGCUGUUAAUGCUGUGAUGCUUUGUGUGGGGCAGGUGAAUGGCGUGGACCUGCGUAUGGCCACACACGAACAGGCCGCAGCUGCACUGAAGAAUGCCGGCCAGACGGUGACCAUCAUCGCUCAGUACAGGCCUGAUGGUAAAAGAACAACACUCAAACACAUCGAGCCUUUAAAACAAACUAAACGCACCUAACCCUUUAAUGCCUUUUGUAUCAUAUUUGAUACACACUUGUAUGAUACUUCUAUCAAAUCAAUAUCAUCAACAUAUUACUAAAAAAACCAAACACCCGAAUACAGUCCAAUAAAUGAUAAAAAUGUCCUCUUGUGGUUUAUCAGUUUCCAAAAACAUCUAAUGUAUCAAACAAGAUAAAUUAACAUAUUUGUUAAAUUUUAAGGAUGUUUUUGGUUUUCAGUAGUAAGUGAAAUAAACAUUUCAGCUCCAAAAAGAUUUGAAUGUUCUGGCCAUAAUUUGUGGUUUCAGGCAUUAAAGGGAUAGUUUAUUAUGUUAAACAAAGUAAUGUUAUUCAUUUAACAAGUCUCCAGGACCCAGGAGUGUGUGAUUUGAGUGGGUCUAUGGGAAACCGAAUGGGUCCCUAAUAACAGUUUUGGAUCUUGAGAAAUUAUAGCGUUAUGAACCAUGUCUGCAAAUAUGCAGAUAGCUGCAGUUACUGUUCAUAUUUUACAAAACAUUAUAUUUUUAUACUGUUAAAAAACCCAUAAGGGAAAAAUUAGCUUUGAUUUAGUCGAUCUGGCUACAGAAAUUGCCAUGCUACAUUAUAAACCAACAGGGUCUCUGCUUCAUCAUCUCAUAUCUUAGUCUAUGAUUGGUUGGCUGGCGCUCCUUGCUAAACAGUACAGAUUGAGGUGCUUCAGUUGUAGUGCCUUGAGAAGCUAAACACAUCAUUUUCCAGGUACUCAGUGUUUGAUUACUGAGGGCCUCGAAAAUGAGGUUGUGUACAGCGGUUUCUUUCUCUGUGCUUACACACUGCUGAUUACACUCGCUCCAUAAAACCAGCUCUGCAAAGAAGUGACCAGACUAACUGCAGCUAAUGCUUCCUGCUACACACAGCAGUCCAAGUUUCAGGGCUUAUAUUAAGAACUGUCAACUGUCAACAGAAGCAGCUGUAUUUAAGUUUGUUUUACAUUUGCAUCGCUGAUUUUUGUUCGGCUAGAGUGAAAUAUUUGUACUGCUUUUAAUCAGAAUUUUAGGUGUUUAAGCGUCAGCCAGAAACAUAAAUGUGUAAUUGUUUCUGUGUUUCAGAGUACAGCCGUUUUGAAGCAAAGAUUCACGACUUGAGAGAGCAGCUGAUGAACAGCAGCAUGGGCUCUGGGACCACAACACUAAGGAGUAACCCAAAGAGAGGCUUCUACAUCAGGUCUCACACUUAUCAUAGAAAAAGCGCCGUUUGUGCAAUACUGAACAGAAACACUGCUUAAAUAGAGUUUUUCACUGUUGUUGAAUUAUAUUUAAAUUCAGAAUAUCCUUCCAACAGCCUUACUCUGUAUCUUUGCAGUAUUUUUGUCGGUCUUGACUUUAUCAAAGCCUGUUAACUACUACAGCCUUGACAUGGUGCCAAAUGGUGGUUUAUACGACUGAAUGUAGUGUAAAGCUUUUGUGGCAAUGAAAUGUCAAGAUUUGAAUUGAAGGUGGUUCAUUUUCUCCUUAGUUAAUAUGAAUACCUGUCCAAAGAAUCAACUAUGGAGGUAGAAUUUUUAUUUCCUUUUUUGUAAAUUAGGUUUAUAUAUUAAGUAAAAUGAGUGAAUCUGGGUUGUAGAUGGCCUAAUUGUCUAAGCGUCUCAUAUAGAGGCUACAGUCCUCGUCGCAGCUGAUGCUGGUUCGAUUCCUCGCCACCACCCUUUGCUGCACAUCCGCUACUUUCUCUCUUUGUCUUUUACAUCUAAUAAAGGCAGAAAUACCCAGAUGAAAUGGUGAAAUAUGAGACUACAGCAGUUAAGCAGAAUUAAAUUUACUGCAAAAGUAGAGUACACUCAAAGCAGUUAAUGACGUUUAUUAAAGACACGUAAAUUCAAGAUGGCGCAGUAUGUCUUCUUCUUGUAGUUGCUCUAAUCCUGUUUAUCAUCUAAUAAUGCUGCCCCUGUUGGUUGGAAGGUUCUUUUUUUCAUUGUUUGUUCACACAACCCGAUAGUUCAUAACAGUCAAUUAGCUUUAUUAUUGGAGACGUUCAGGGUGGUUGUAGUGGUAUACUGGAGUGUCUUGUAUUAAAAGCUGUUCCUUAUGUUUUGUCCACUCCAGUAGGCUACACCACCAACAUUUACGUCAAAGAACAAUCAUCACUUGUGUGACCAUGUCAACAAAACUGUAAUUCAGAGGUUUUGUAAAAGUAUGAUAAAUAUGAUAAAGUAAGUGUGGCUUUUGUGUUGGAUUGCACAAAAUAGUCCAGGUUUUCAUUACAGCAUGUCGGUGUGAAUGUACAGCAAAAUCUUAAUGAGCCACAUUACUCCUGAUUCGUUGCAGUUGUAGGCUAAAAUUCUCAAAACUUAUACCCUAAAUCUUCUAUUUCAGAUUAAAUAUGUCUGUUUAGCUAGUGGACACCCCUAACUUUCAAGAUGGAGCCAGUAGAAAAUACUGCAGCUGGUAUUUAGAAGUCUUUUUAUAGGAAUAAUUUACUUUAGAGAAAGAACUACAAGUUACAGUGUGUUGUUGUGUUUGUAUAUACUGUUUUGAAAAAGUGCUGCACAUUUUUGAUGAUGUUAAUGUUCUUUCACAGUGAACAGUGGUUAUGAUACUUUUGUUUGAAUCAUUAAUGAUCUCUCAAAGUGCUUUUCAUUAACUGAAUGAUGUUUUUUGUCAUCACUCAGAGCUCUUUUUGACUAUGACAAGACUGCAGACUGUGGCUUCCUCAGCCAGGCACUGGGCUUCAAAUUUGGGGAUGUGCUGCAUGUAUUGGACUGUGGAGAUGAGGAGUGGUGGCAGGCCCGUAAGGUCAGCCCCCAGAAUGAGGCCGAGGAGGUCGGCUUCAUCCCUAGCAAGCACAGGUCAGACAUGACACUGUGAGUGUGGGUGAGAUGACUCAUCCUUUUAUUGUAUUUCAAAAGUUAUUGCAACCUUUGAUUAAAGAAGAGAGCAAACUAAAAGCUUAUAAGCCAUUUUGGCUUGAUCGCUCCGUCUCCAAAAUGUCUGAUUCUUUCCCUCCUUCUUGCUAGGGUUGAAAGAAAAGAGUGGUCUCGUGUCAACACCAAAGAGAGGGUAUGCUUCUUCUUCUUCUUCUUCUCCUCGUCUGUCUGAAUAAGGCUUGUUCUUUCACACUGCCUCUAAGUGUGUAAAUAUCUGCUCUCUUUCUGUUUGCAGGACCAUGGUCGAGACAGCCUGGGCACUCAGGGUAAUUAGUAUGAAGCAUAAACGCGUAUUGACACUGCAGGCUGACAUUUACACAUGUAACUGACUUUAGCAGAUUCGAGUCAACACUAUAGUAAUUGGCAUUGACAGUUGGGCAUAAUUUGCCGCCGCACACAAACGCAUCAUAUUUACAUAGACUUCAUGCAAAUGUUUAUGGAUGUACAUAGUAACUAGACACACCCUGUGGGAGCCUGUUUAGUGUAUUCAUGGCGAGAUUGAUCACUCAAUUUAAAGUGCAAGUAGCAGGACCAACUGCAAAUGGGUUCACUGCUGAUCUCUGCAGAGACAAAGUACCCUUACACUCAGCACAGUUUGUGAACAUCACACUGACUGUCUAAUGUAAACACAGGUAGUCUUUAUUGACUGCAGACUAAAGCUCGCAUCACUUCCAACAGACCCAUGCAUUGACUGUCUUGAUGACUGUCUAAUGUACAAGCUGCAACAUUUAAGAUACACACUUUUUAUUUUCUUUAGGUACUGACUUUGUCAUCUAGGGUUGGGUACUGACUAUAUUCUUGAAUCUCUUUAACCUUCCUCCUGUGUUAGCUUUUACUACGCACCCAUCAUGUUAAGGGUCGGUUUCAGCUGCGAAUCACACUAAAAACAUUUCUCUAUCAUUCAAUUUGGUUCUCAUCUCUAGGUUAUCUUGUUAGGCUUCAUUAUCCAUGAAAAUAUUGCUUAUAAUAGUUUUUGGUGUGGUCCUUUGGGCCUUUCUUUGUCAGUGUACCCCUCACACAGUCAUCUAUACUAAUUGAUCUUACAUGUCUGGACAUGCUCAAUGUUGUAUUUUGUGCAUGGAAGAACAUGGUAAAAUUAGAAUUUCCUAAAUCUCACAUGAUUGGAAGAAGAUCUGACUGUCAGUGUGGUGCCUGACAGUGCACAUUUUAAUAAGAGCAUUUUGAAAUUUAGUUAAUUUAAUUUUUUUAUUUUUAUUUUGUUGAAAUAGAGGUUCCUGACAAAGUCAAAAAGUCUUGAUGCAAAAAAACAAGUUUAGGUGGCUCUUUUAAGCAAAAAUGGGUCCGUGCAGACCCUAACACAGGAGGAGAGUUAAACCUUUGAUAGGAUAAAAACAUUUCUUACAUAUAUCUUGUUUUGAAGGGGCAAUUUUGACCUGGAACAUACUGUGAGGGUAUAGGAUUUGAACAGUAUGUGAGGGUUAAACAGUAGUCGUCAGAAGCAAAUGCAGUAAAGAAACAAGCUGGUUUUUUUUAACACCUGAAAAAAUGAUUUCUGUUGGAUCGCUGCAAUGACAGGUGAACUUGCAUAAUACCUAAUAAUACGUUCAUGCAUUCACAAAGGCACUUAUGAAACUUAUAAUGGCUCCAGGACAGCCUUUAAAACAAUCACACACACCAACAAGCAGAACCGCAAACCUAAAUGUAUUUUAUAAUGGUAAAAAGAAACUUUGAUGAUGUGUCUAUGUUCUGUCUCCAGGGAGAGAUAAAACUGCACACAGUUAUGAGACCGUCACCCAAGUGGAAGGUAAGGUUAUAAAAAAGUCCAUUAUGAAAAAUAUCAUAAUUCAAUUUCAUUUUGUUUUUAUUUCCCCUCUCUGAAUGCUCUAACUCUUUUUCUAUCUCUCCAGUUCAUUACGCCAGGCCCAUCAUCAUUCUGGGUCCCGUCAAAGACAGGAUAAAUGAUGACCUGUUGUCUGAGUUCCCUGAUAAGUUUGGAUCAUGUGUUCCCCGUAAGUAAUUACGCUGUCAGUCACUGAGACGUUUUAUUUGAUGUCACUGCUGCCACCUGCAGCCAUUUUAGGUUGAUGACUGAAUAAUACACCUCUCUCCCUCUCGGGGAAGUGAUUGCUUAGAUUUUGAGAUUCUAAGUGGAGUGUGACUGUCUGUGCUGCUUUUAUUGUUUUGCUCUCUACCUGACAGACACCACACGGCCCAAGAGGGAGUAUGAGGUGGAUGGGAGGGACUAUCACUUCGUGUCGUCACGGGAACAGAUGGAGAAGGACAUACAGAGCCAUCGGUUCAUCGAAGCGGGGCAGUACAACAGUCACCUGUACGGCACAAGUGUCCAGAGCGUCCGUGAGGUGGCUGAGCAGGUACGCAGCAACAUGUCGAGACAAGACAAACUGAUUAUAACGCUCUAUCUUCUCAUUAAUAUUAAUUUCUAAAAAGAAUAAAAUAGCAGGAAAAGAUUUGCACAUCUAUUUCAUAGGGUUAGUGUAUAGGAAAAGAGUCAGACGAAAAUGGAUUAGCAACAAUUUGGUCCUAGACUGAAAAAAAAAUAUAUCUGAUGGAGAUCUAGGACCAAAACAUUGCUGAUAAUAAAACCAUUUACAAAUAAUUGAGAGUUUGCAUUUUUGAUUUUCCUACACUUAAUAGAUUAGGCAAGAUAAAUUUUGGGAAUAUGUUGUAUUAUUUACAGUAUAUCAGUUACAAAAAUGCAUUUAUUUUAUACUGUUUGCUCAGAAUGGUUUAUAAAUAGUCCAUUAGAUAGCAUUUAAGCUGAGAGCCACAGCUGGACAUGGCUUCUCGCCUCAUUGAUUGGAAAUGUAAUUAAAGUGAUAUCUAAAAUGAUAGUCGUUAUUGAUCCUUCUCAUUUCUUUCUUUGCUUGUAUGAAUGAGUAGCAGGGGAAACACUGCAUCCUGGAUGUAUCAGCCAAUGCUGUGCGCAGAUUACAGGCAGCUCAGCUUCAUCCUAUCGCCAUCUUUGUCCGGCCCAAAUCACUCGAGAAUGUCCUGUAAGUACAGAAGAAGUCUGUUAACUUUGCUUGCUUUUUUUUGUAUGUUUGAUGAGUUUAUGACAUGAUAUGUGUAAAGCAUACAUUAAAAAAAGGAAUUGAAAUCACUUAUCUCACUCAGUGACACUUCCAUCAAAAUAAAGUUGAUUUUAAACAGGAGAACAAAGCACGGUUUAAACAUGAUUGAAGAUACUUUAAGGUCUUUACGGACAGGUGUGGCUACUCCAGGUUGUUUUUGCUUUGCAGCACUGACUGAGUGAACUCUCUUUGUAUAUUACCAAGAAAAGAAAAGGAGGGACCUUUCAUUGCGCUGAUUCUUUCACAAAAGAGGACCCUGACUAUCUUCCUGUACCACAAUGUGGCAGAUGUUAGCCUACCUAUGAUCAUUCACAUAAAAAUAUAUUUUCUGUCUUGUUUUCUUUCUUAUUCAUGACAAAACAGGCUGAAGUUCCCCUCCAUUUUAUUUGGCUACAGACAGUGAGCGUUCUUUUUGUGUGUUUAAUGUUUACAGAGAGAUCAACACUCGCCUGACAGAGGAGCAGGCCAGGAAAGGGAUGGACCGAGCUCUUAAACUAGAGCAAGACUUCUUAGAGUGUUUUUCAGGUAAAACACAUAUUCAUGAUGUGUACGUAUGAAUUGGUAACCAGCACUGAUGGAUAAAGGUUUUGUUCAUAGUAAAGGUGAACCACAGGCAACAAAUUUAUUCAUUUUUUGUUUUGUUUGAAGAGGUUAUCACCAAAAGCCUCCAUAAACAAGGUAAACCCUGGUGUGCACACUACAGAUGGUUGUCAGGGGUUUCACCUGAUCCCCUCUCUGUUUCAUUUUAGUUUUCAGUCGUAUUAAAUGACUGAAGACAAAAGAUAAAACAGGCUCUCUCUCCACGAAGAAUAACUAAACUCUUCCAUGUUCUCGUUAGAGCCGCAUUAGCUAAGCGAGAAAAAGAAAUACCUUCUGGAAGGACUCGGGGCAUUUUAACAUUUAAAAGACACAUUUAGGGCAAAUCUCAGCAGUCGACUGAAUAUGAAUGUUUGGCUUCCUCACAAAUCCAGCGGCGUCUACGGUUUAUAAGAAAUGGGGAACAGCUGUCAUACGUGACAUUUUAUCAACCGCUGUGUGAGGCUGAAUAAAUAUGUGGGCGACUUUGCAGAAAUACAUACAUAAUGGAUGGAAGCGCCUUUUGUUAACACUGCGAUUCACACAAUACUGCGAAUGUAUGCAAAACAUUUAAUUGGAUUCAUUAUUGGUUAUUCCUCACAUUUAGUUGCAAACACAUGCGGGAGACAUUUCUUGACUACACCCCUCUUUGUUUCCGUAUGUUUUUUUUUUCUUUCGUAUUUUCACAUUGUUUUCUCUCUUUCUCGCGUCUCGCCGCAGCUGUCGUGGAAGGGGACAGCUUUGAAGAGGUCUAUCACAAAGUAAAGACAGUGAUCGAGGAGCAAUCAGGGCCUUACAUCUGGAUCCCCACUCGGGAGAGGCUGUGAUGCUGCACCCGCCCGACCACCUCCCCCUCUUUAUCCUCCUCACAACCUCCUACCGAUCAACACACCACCCUUCAACCCUCACUGCGGAGCCAGCCUCGCCUGCCUGCCUUUCUGUCCUCCAGCAAAGUCAGUUGCUUAGGCAAUCACUGGGAAUGACACAGAGAGACUACUGAAUAUUAAGACAAACACAGCGAAGAAGAGAAGGACACCAAAAAAAGGGGAGACUGAGACAGAUGCGAACGCAGUAAUUACCCGGGAAGAGACCAAGAGAAAGACUUCAUUAAUGUUCCACUUUAAUGAGACAGGAUUGAGUGUUGAGGCUCCGUUCUCACUUGGCAUUAAAAUGCAUCUUGGCUACGAGUGGACAGCUUCAAAUACAUCUGUUACUGCUUAAAAACUGGGGACAGAAACGUCCCGAACACAGCAUAUUUCGCGCUGCCAGACAACUUAGUGUGCAUUUGCUUUUUAUCAGUUUAUUCAUCAAACAGAUAAAAGCAAACGUGGAGCGAAACCAAACCACAAGUUUAUCUGAGGGAUCUCAGAUGCAUUCUAAUACCAGGUGUGAACUCCGGUCCAUCUCACCUGGAUCUCAACGAAGCCUUGAUCUAUCUUAUACCUUAACAGGGCUGAAAAGAGGGUGAGCAGAGGUAUUAUUUAAACAACCUCACCCUCCUUAGCUCUUUCGAGUCUCACGUCACUCUUUAACGCCUCCUACCACUUAUGUCUGACACAGGGGUGCCCCAAAAGACUCUGGCCUCUCUUUUUAUAUCGCCUCCUGGCUUCUCUCCUCCUCCUCCUCCUCCUGUCAGUGCUGCCUUGUUUCAGGACAGGAAAGGGGGAGGACCGAGAAAGGGGUGCCCAGAUCCUGCUGAGUCCCUCUGGACAUGGAGUCUUUUCUCAGCAGUGAGUUCUUUUAUUUCCCUCCUUGGUCUGAGUGAGAACACCUCAGUGACUGAGACUGACAUUCGCUCAAUCACCCAUGUUGAAUAGGCAUUAUUUAAAGGCAGUUCGAAUAAUUAUAAUGAUAAAACUCAUAUGCUGAAUUUGUGCAUGCAUCCUCAAAGACAAUGGCGACAGGAGUGAAAACAAAGGAAAAAAAAAAAGGAAAAGGAAGGUGAGUUGGUAGGGUGAGUUUCACCGCUCCACCUCUUUUUGGUGGAGGAGUUUUUAAGCAUGAAGGAAGAAAAGAAGAGAGACACGGUCAUGAGAAAUGGUCAUGAGAGGUCAGUUGUGAGUGCGGUACAAGCCCUGACACUUCGGCCUCUGCUCUCUUACGCACACACACUCACGCACCCAUACACUCCAACACCCCACCACACACACACACACAAACGCAUAUGUAAAGUUGUAACCUCAGCUGUAACCUAGCGCACUCCUGUACAGGGAGAGAGAGGGGAGGACUGGCUGUUCUGAGCUGCUCGUCAGAAUCCAGGAUGAAUGUUAUCUCUCUUAGGCACAAACAGCAGAAACUCACCGAUCACUCUUCCAAGAGAAUCCCUCAGCCGCAGACGUACACACUGUUUCCAGUGGCUGCAGUACAAAAAAAAAAAAAGCCAUGGUGUAUGUGUGUGUGUCUGUGUGUGUGCUUGGAUGUCUGGUGUGUGUAUGUGCGCGUGGGUCUCUUGUGUGUGCGCAUAUGUGUGGAAACUCCUCUGCAUGGGAGAAAUAGGUCUUCUUUUACUCUCUCUCUUCCACUUUUUCUCUGCUUCUUCUCCCUCUUGUGUCCACACCAGUUAAAUCUAAGUCUUGUUUAACAAAUAAAUGGCCUAUAUAUAUACAUAGAUAUAAAUAUAAAUAUGAAUAUAAAUAUAUAUAUAUCUUUUUUAUGACAAUUUCUAACGGGACUAAGUCUGUAAAAAUCAACAUCUCCGAACAAUAUUCCAUUGAUUUCUUUGGGUAAUAUUGCAGUUUGGUUGUUGAAUUUACUCACGUUUCCCAUUUUAUUGUUGUAAAAACGCAGCAAAAAAUUACACAGAAAUAACUGAAGCGUUCACGUCGAUGUAAAGCAGACCUCACAGCUUUGAACUGACAUAUUUGACAUGUUCUUGUAUAUGUUGAACCGAAACAGCCGUGUGCGUGUCUGUGUGACUGCGUGUUUGCUGCUCGUGUGUGCGUGUGAGGAGAAAGUAUGAUCUAUAAAAGAUACUAUAUGAAGAAUAUCUAUCCUUUAUAACAUCCACUGGUGGUUAUAAUGUAUAAUACAUAAAUGGGUGGUGUGUGUAUGUAUGCGUGCCAGAGCGAGAGAGUGAGAUGUAGUGCAAUACUGCUAUGAUGUUAUGCAAUGAAGAGGGUUUUACGAGUGUUUCAAAGAUUAAACCAGUAUUUAUAAAGUUUGCACUGACGGCAUUAUAUGCUACAGGAAUCAACAGGAUAAAGUGAUGAGCUAAAGCUAAAGGACUCCAGGAGUUUUAUGAGCAUGUGUUUGUAUUUACUUAUAAUUUGUCCUGAAUUAUAAGAGUGAAGGUGGAAGUAUCGAUGGAAGUGACCAUUCAUAUUUAUUGUUUGUUUAUUUUUCAGCUCACUCGCUUCUCUCAGCUAAAGGUGGAAAGCUGGUGAAUGACAUGUAUGGAUUUCUGUUUUUAUUAUUUAUUUAGAUCCGUCACCGGUUCCAUCUCAAGUUUGUAUAUUUUUGUAUUUUCUUUUCCAUAUCAAGAGAGCUUUCGAGUCUUGGCCAGGAAUGCUGUAAAUAUACCGAUGAGAUGUUGGGAGUGCUGUGUGGCUUUAGGUUUAGCCGUGCAACACCGCUGAACUGAUGCAAGUACAGAAUCCAUCCGAGCCACAGCCCAGUUUAACCGCUCAAACACAGUAAACAAUGACUGCAAACACACACUCUCAAACACACAUGCGAAGAUAUCAGCACAUCCAUUUAUAUGUAGACAUUGAGAGAAUCACAGAAACAGCAACAACACACGACAACACAUCCAUGAAUGGAGUAAUAUGUUUUCAAUUUCUUUAUUUGAGGGUUCAAUGUAUUUCUUAAUAUCUCUCUCUCUCAGCCAUCCGUAUCAUAGUGUGAUAUUCCUUAUAAGAUAUAUGAAUUUUUACAGAAAAGACUGAAUACAAAGUUACAUCAGAGUCAACUGAUGCAGAAAAAUAUAUUUAACAAUGACAAUAUCAAGCAAAAUAAAAUGUUCCAGUUCAGUGAAGCGCUUGUUGUAAAUUAGCUAUAAAAUAAUAAAAUGAAUUUAAAAAUGCUUUCUGAAAUGGUCUCACCAGCAUUGUUUGUUUGUUUGUUUGUGUUUUGUUUUUUUCAUGUAUGGGAUUGAUGACUUGACUCAGUCCCACAGGUGACUGCCGCAAAGAUGCAACAGUUUGACCAGCGGAGGGCACUCAUUCUCCAUUUUUCAGCUGCUUAUACAAGCUCCUCUAAGCUGCAUUUGCACCUACUUGGUCUGGCUCUGAUUUGCUGCUCCCCCCACCUCCCCCUCUCUCAUCAGGGGAACCAUUUUCUCUUUAGAAAAGCACACAGUGAGAACCCUUUCCUCUUAUUGUAUGCACCGCUAAAGCAUGUGAACUGGCAGACAAUUCACAGCUUGUUGGCGGCUCUCCGUGUGCUUGCCUGCAGCUUGUUGCAUAUAUGCCCUAAAUGUAUAGUCUUUAAAGGCACAGUCUGUGAUUUGGCUGUAAACAAGCACAACCAAGGUGUCGACCAUUAUUUGAAAAGUCAGAUUUGAACAUAAACUACCUUUGUUUGUGUUUUUCUUGAAGCAGAAUAAGGACAUUUAAUCAGUCAUUAAAGAUUUGACUUUCUUUU